CUGCUAUCACCCACUGAGUGACACUAAACUGAUUUCCUUCUCCGGCUUCCCAUUGGAUGCCAACUCCAAAGAACAUGCAGUCAGCCCCGCCCACUUCUCCUGGUCUUCGCCGUCACACGUGACUCCGCCGUGUUUUCCCAUUGGCUGCACGGCGGAGCGCGCCGCAGACCCUCUACAUUGGUUAACAGUUGCCCUUGUGGGCUCUGCAUUCUGAUUGGACGGCGGCCGAGUUACUGCGUCACCUCACUCUCCAGCGCUGAGGGGCUGCUGCUGCUGUUGUUAUUCUCCGCUCCGAGCUGUCAAUGGAGCACCCUGUCCGCCCGGGGCCACGCAGCUGCCAUGGUGACCGGGAGCGAGCCGGCUCUGCCAGCUGAGCAGGUGAGAGAAGGGGGGGUCACGUGACCUUCCUGUCAGUGACGUCAUGAGAGGGGCUGCUGGCUGAGGAUCAUGGGAGAUGGAGUCCACAGCCGCUGGAGUGCACUGGGCAUAUAAAGUGCUGAUUUAGUUAAACUCCUCUAACUCAGUCAUUAUCACACAGGCAGGCAGGGAGGGUUAUUCACUAAACUGCGAAUGAAGGUGUGAGUGGUAAAACUCGCUGCCCUGGGGAUAAUGCUCUCCCCCAGCUGGAAGGCACAGCCUGGACAGUUUAUUCUCCAUUUAUUCUAUUUGGAGUUCAGUUUGCUACAAUUUAGUAUCUUGGUGAAUAACCCUGGCAAUGAUAUUCACUAAACUGCACAUGGUGAACAUUUAUGAUCUCAGAAAUGCAAUAUUUAGGCAAAAACAACAACAAUAAUAAUAAUUGGCUAUUGACACAGCUUAGGUAUAUGUGGCUAAAUUUUAUAAUUCACAUUCCAGUCCUUCCUAGGUAAGAGCUUAGUCAAUAUACCUGACUUCUUGGUUGUUGUUUUUUUGUUUUUUUUAGCCAGUAUAUAGCAAUUUUCUUUUUCAUUUUACAUUUAUUUGCGGUGUAGUGAAUUAACCCUAUAUAAUAAUUAAUGUUCUGCCUCAGAUCACUGCACGUCACAUAAAAAUUGUACUGAAAACCAACUUAACCACCUCUAAUAAAGACCUAUCAGGAAAAUAAUGUAAGGCAGAAAGGGAAAAAAAACCCCUGAGGGUUAUUCACCAAACAGUGAGUGUAAAGACAAAUUGCAGUAUGUGUGCAAAAAAAAAUGCUGAUUUGAAAAUUUUCUUUAAAUGUGCUGUAAUCAGCUUGGCUGUGUUAACCUAAAAUUUGGCCGUUCACUAAAAUUCACUGUUUAGUGAAUGAACCCUAAAGUGUUUGAGGAAACUGUAAAUAACUUGGUUUAGCGUACUCGUUUACUUUGAGUGGAUCCAGCCUGUAGUUUGCAGUCACUAACCACAUGUAAUGUUAAUAAUAUUAACCAUUUUGGAGAAUUAAAUAUUGGAAAGUAUUUAUGGUGUAUUAAUCAAGUGGUAAUCUUUGAAGAAGUGGGAAUUUAAUCUAACCCUCUAUGUAAUUUGAGUAUCAAGUUGAAUCAAUAGGAUAGGACGAUCAACUUUGUUAUAUCUUUGUUAGUUUAUAUGGAUUUGUGUAUUCAAUGUAUUUAUUCUGUAUGCAUUGUAUGUUAAUGUAUAUAUGUAUGUUUGAUAUACAAGAAAAAUAAUAAUAAACAAAUUAUAAAAAAAAAUAUAAAAAAUAAUAUUAACCAUUUUAAUAGGAGAGUACGUUGAAGAAAAUAACCUAGGUAUGUUGAGCAAUACAGGAUCAAAUUUAAUCUGGAAUAGAGUAAAAAAUUUGUAAAUAUAUUGUAUUUAUAAAACAAGUCCACUUGCCUCUGUUUUACAAGCUAUACAUUUCCAGGCUACUCACUUGCUGAUGGAUAAUGGUGGCAGCGUUUUUGAUGUGUCUGACAACUAAUUGUAGGGUACACAUAUAACUGGUAUUGUCACUAUACCUACAACUUACGCAUUUGUUUUAAAGAGCAUACAAUUUCAUCUGUAGAUUGUGCUAGGAAAUGUAUAGAUCUGGCGAAAACGUAUUUAAAAAUAGGUGUUUUUCAGUCAAUCCUUGGAAACAAACGCAGAAGGACUGACUGACAGGUGGGAGAGAGACUUAUUUUGAAAUUGAAGAGUAGAAGAGACCUCCCACAGGUUAUCUUUCUGCUCCACACACAUAGCAACCACCGCGCAUGCGCAGUUGUUGCUACAGUAGCAUCCUAGACAAUGCCACUUGCACUUGCUAGUGAGUAUUGGAACAGAGUGACUGAUGUCACUCUGUUAAGAUACCAGUAUGCUGGUAAUUUAAGCCAGAGUGCCAAUGUUACAGAUGACUUUUGAACUGCCUGGGGAUGCAUUCCCAAGCAGUGCAAUUGAAAGAAGAUUGCAGGAGAGUGAGGGGGAACAGAGGUUGGUGCUAAUGAAGAGAAACGGGAAGUGGAGGAAAUUGUGGCGCUGGAUCGGAGGUAAGACUGAAUAUCUCAAUAUUCUUCCAGUCCUGCAGGUUCACUUGAACAAGAAUUUGAAAUAACUCCAACUAAUUAGACUGAACCAUGCGUGAUAAGAAAGAAUAUAGCAAGGUAGCCACCUAGUCGGGUGAACCAUGUAUGAUGGGAAAGAAUAUAGCAAGGUAGCCACCUAGCCUGAGAAUGUAACAUUAUGUCAAUGUGACGGACCGCCUGGCACCCCAGCUGGGUGCCUCCGCCAAUCGCUGCUUCCUAGCUGUCGCUGAGUACCAUAAGCACCUUAGCCACCGCAGCUUGGCUGGAGUCCCGCUGUCCAUUCUCACCCUGGACCAAACUCCUGGAUCCAGCUCCCAGUGAGAAGACCUCUCCUCCAAGAGAGUAUAGCUCUUACAAGAGCUAGUGAUUCCAAAGAACAAUCCCAGGAGCAGGGAUUAUAGCUGUUCCUUACAAUCACGAGAUGAGGCUAUGUGUUGAGGAUGAAGAUGAACUGUUUAAUGGCAGCCACAACUGGCCUUUUAUGCAGUUCCCCAUGCAAGGGGCACUCCCCCCUUGACCUCAGAGUAGACUACAGUAAAAACCUACACACAAUUACAUUGGCUCUUAGGUCCAGGACACUCCCACAUAAAACAAGUUAAUCCAUCAUCUGUGCCUGGGAGAUAAUUGAGUCAAGCACUGUAUUAAACUCAAUUAUCUGCAGGCACAGAAAACAUACAUUUUUAUAAAACCCCCAAAAUACAUUUAAACACACAAAACCCCACAAAAGUUACAUCCCCUGGUAGCCCCGAUUUGGGUGACCAACAUAUCCAAAAAUCACCCAGAUCGGUUCAGGGUUUCAGGAAUUUCCUGGAAGUCAUAAUUUGACCGACCGUACGCAUAGUCCAUGCCCAAAAUAGUUCCAGAGAAUCAGGGCUUGCGGUCGGUCUAGUUCGGUAGUUUAAAACCAAACAAACACCGAACAGAGUCAAUGUUCUUACCCUGGAACUUGUUCCCCUUGUUCGUGGAAACGUUUCCACCGAACAUCGCCUUUCUAAGUGUCAUAGAACUGAACACAGGCAAUGCUGGAAGUCCAGCAUUAUUCGGGAGUUUCAGUUCCAUGAGAUUCAUGUCCAAACACUGCUGCCUGCUCGUGGUCGUCCAUAGGAAAUGCGGCCACCCAGACGAACACAUAGAACACUGCGGUGGAAAGUGUUACAAUCUGUCAUUUAGGCUUAACAAGCUCCCGGGUGGUCUCUGGUUCGUGCGCCUGUUCGGUUCUCAAACCAAAUAUAAAAUCCCACGAACCAACUACUACAUUAAGCUGUAGUGGUUCUGGUGACUAGAGUCCAUUUGACACUACAGUAACGAAAACAACUUUAGCUUUAUGAAUCUGUUUAGGUGUAUAGAUCACGCCCCCGCAGUCUAACUGUUCAAUUCUCUGCCAUUUAGGAGUUUAAUCACUUUGUUUAUGCAGCCCUAGUCGCACCUCCCUGCAUGUGACUUGCACAGCCUUCCUAAACACUUCCUGUAAGUGAGAUCUAUGUUUAAACUCCUGCUCUGUUAAUAGCUUGAAAGAUCUUGCAGUUGUGAUUAAAGUUCAAUUUACAGAGCAUGAGAUAAAAACAUCUAAAGCAAGUUAGCAUCUGAUUGAAAAUGUUACCUUUUUUCAUGCAGACUUUGUCUUUUUUUUUUUUUAUGCAGACUUAGUGAGUCAUGUUAAUUCUACCUUUCAUGCAACGCACAUGAUAUCCAAAAAAAUAAAAAACAUUCCACUGUGCCUAACCUCACCCUUUCUUUCCAUGCAGUCCUAGCCACAGAUCUCCUAUCUGUGGCUAGGACUGCAUGGAAAGAAACAGUGAGGUUAGGCACAGUGGAUUUUUUUUUUUUUUGCAUAUCAUGUGCGUUGCAUGAAAGGUAGAAUUAACAUAAAAUAUAAGCAUUAACAUACGUUACACAUAGCUUUAAACAACCCAUUUUUAAUUAUUAUUUAUCUGAGAUACCAUCUCUCAGCUAAGCAAAAGUGAAGUAAUCUGUGUCUGGGGAGUGCGAGUAUGGGGCUUCACGUGCCUAGAUGAUUAUCGUGGUAUAGUUAGUCAUGAGCAUAGUAAAGCACGUAGGGUAAUUUAAAAAGCUGUGAAGCCUUCAGGAGCUUUGGGUUAUAUCGGUAGUAUCCAAUGCCUAGUCGAAAGGCCUAUGUCGUGUCGAACGUGCAAUUUGAAGCUUGCAUGGAAAAACUGAAAAUAACAAUUGUGCACGUUCAAAAAUAGGGGGAGUUGGAAAACUGAACAAGGGGAUAAAUCAUUGGCUUACGGAGUUGUGAAUACAUGUUUUAUCUUGGUUUUUCUUUCAUGUACAUUUUGCAGUAGAAAUUGUCUAACCGUUUAUUUCAAAUUUCCUGCAAUAAGCGUUCUCCAAUGCCACAUAUUUCUUUAGCAUGGACAUGGCCAAAGAUAGGACAUGUACUAGCUAAUGAUAUCACAUGAGGUUAGGUGUUGCAUCAGCUCCAAUAAUACUGCAGAGAUUGUUGGUUAAACAUGUUUGUGGUCACUUCCGUAUGUUUGAAACAUUGUGGUUUUGUUUUUCCUUCAUUCUCAAGUUCUGUUAUUUGCUUGUGUUUGAGACUUUGUCCUGAUUUAGUUUCUUUUAUUGAAAAGAUGUAAGAAUGUAAUUAUGCACUUUUGAUUUUAAAAAAAUCACAAGAAAAGAAGACCGGUGAGUGCUCCCUUUUGUGAAGGAACUAAAGUUACCUUUAAAAAUAUAUAUGUAUGUAACUCUCUAGUUAAGUAGUGCUGUUAUGCCAGAUUGUUAAAUAAUGCUAACUUUGUGUGGGUUCUUUGGUGGGGGGGGGGAGAGGUGGUUGGUUGGUUUUGUUUUAGGAACUGGCUUGUCUGAAAUUGCUUGCACAGUAACUUUUCAAUUCUAGACAUUCAUUUUUACUGCUUUGUAAGUGAAUUAUUUUUUUUUUUUUUACUUUUUACGCAUGACAACUGUUACCAAAUCCAUAAACUGAACGGAUUACGUUUUUGUUUUUUAAUUUCUGUCUUUCCCUCUAGAAUAAUGCUAGACAGUAAACUAGAGUCAUAAUAGACAUUGCCAGAUAAACCUUGCAGGAUUGAGACUUGCCUGGGAAUUUCUUUUCUGGUUGGCAUUGCAAAUUAAUUUAUUAAAACCCUUCAUAACAUAUCUUGCAUUACAAAAAUGUAUUACGUUUCAGUACUGUGGCAGACCGACUGGGUACCUCCACCAAACACACUUCCGAGCUAUCGCUGCGACACUAUCCGCACUUCAGCCCCUAGCUGUUGCAGCUUGGCCGGGGUCUCGCUGUUGCUUCGCACCCUGGACCGGAGUCCAGCUUCCAGUGGGCAAAGCGCUCCUUCCAGACAUCAUCCCCUCUGCCUAUUCCACUUUUAGCUCUGCUUACAGUGAUUAUAGUUAUUGCCUUUACAAAGGCAACCGUGGCUCUCAGGCCUAGCUCCUUUGAUUUAUCCCAGGGCUAGAGGGAUCCUGCAAACAGGUACGAAGACUCUAUCACUGGUAUCCCUACAAAUCCACACAGGACACAAGUUCCAAGAGGAACUUACAUAAAAAACUUUACUUUCCUUGUAUAUGAUUAUUACAUCAAGAUUGCUGUGACAACUCAAUAAAAAUACAAACAGUCAAAUCAUAGCAGACAACAUACAGGAACUUAUAAUAAUAAAAUAAUGACAUACAGGUGGGAUACAAUAAUUAACAUAAAACAUCUCUCCUGCUGGUAGAAAUAGCAAUAUGCAAAUUAACCAGCCUUGCUAUUCAGGUAGUGCAUAUUGCUUUUGCUACCAACAGAGGGCACUAUACAGGUUCCAUAGCCAAAUCCACCUAGUUGGUAGCAAUCCUCAGCAGUACACAGGAGCAGGCAAAACAUUUAACAGUACACACACACACAUUAUUAACAAUUACAUUACACAUACCCUGCACCUAUAAUAAUAUAUAAACCUACAUAAAUAGUCUGUCUGAAGGUCCUGGUGAUGGUGACUACCGUCAUAAGUACGAUAUUGAUUUUUACAAACUUUGAGAUGUAAAAAAAGGGCGAGAUAAAGAAAUUAUUUGGGGGUUGGAAUUGAUAAGACGGUUACAAGUAGGUUUCUUUGGGGAAGGUAUUGUGUUGGAAUUUUAAGUUUUCUAUUCACAACUGCAAACCAUGAAGAUGUUGUUGUGUGUUUUUUGUUUUUUGUUUUUUUUUGCGACUCAAUAUGAUUUUGCCAUGCUCAUUGUGCAAACGCUGCAAUCACGCCAGGUGAAAACAUACAUGCGUAAACCCUGACGUACAAAACAUAAAUGCACUAAGGUUUAUUCACUAAAUAGGGACAUAGAGAAUUACAGAACUUAGUCUAAAUAGCUGGUUUGGGGAACAAACUCUUAAUUCUGCUAUAAUCACAAAUUGGCAAUCUUAGGCUGACUUUAGUAAUUUGUUUUUCAUUUCUCACUACGUCAAGAUUUAUUGUAGCCAUACAAAAGAGUUUACAGACUAAUUAGUGAAUAAACAGUAUAAACCACGUGUUGGAAAAAUUUACAUUUAUUGUUUCUUCCAAUAGAGAACAUGAAGAGCCACGUUGUGGGCACUAAACAGGAACUCAGGCUAAAUAAUAGAGCACGUAUUGUGGGGAGAAAUAUUACUAUGCAAAUCUAAAAAAUUGAUUGUGCACCAGCACAUAUUUCAUACAAUAUUACCGGGCCAGAUUAAGAGCCCAGUGGGUCGGGUGCUGACAAUUAUGAGGGGCCUAAGUACAGAAUCUUACCGACCAUAAAGACUAAACAAGUCAUACCUCUCAACUGUUAUGUAUCUGGUGGAGAUGUUGCCGGAGGGAGACUCAUAGGAUGCAGCUAUAAGAAAACUCAGAUUCUCUUAAAAUAUGCUAAUAUCUCUCUAAUUCAUGCUUUCAUCUUUCAAGUAAAUCCAUACUCCCUAACAGCAGUGUCUAGUGAAGUAGGAAGUCAAUGGCCGUUGUGUAAAAGGGUGGGCCACUGACAUGGAUCAUGUAACCAGAACUUUAGAAAGGGACGAACAUGCCCAAAAAGGAGGUGUGUCUGGCCAAAGAAUUGGAAGGCUAGCCUGGCAUGAAUGCAUGUCAGGCUGCCUGCCAAUCAUGCAUUCUGGCCAACAGCAUCCUGAGCUUUGCAUAAAUGCAUCUAAUGAUGCGCUCGCUCCAUGCUGUUAUACAGUCUUAGACAGAGCAAAGGUGGAUGUACUGAGUGUAGAAGAAAGGGAACAUGCCACAGUGUUCGUUAAGGUAAUGCUGACUUUGGUCUCUCUAAUUUAAUUUCAGCUAGUCCACACAAGUUUUGUUUCCAUAUAUCCCUCUUAAAGGACCACUAUAGUGCCAGGAAAACAUACUCGUUUUUCUGGCACUAUAGUGCCCUGAGCGUGCCCCCACCCUCAGGGCCCCCCUCCCGCCCGGCUCUGGAAGGGGGAAAGGGAUUUAAACUUACCUUUUUCCAGCGCUGGGCGGGGAGCUCUCCUCCUCCGAUCCUCCUCUUCUCCUCCUCCUCCUGGGCUGAAUGCGCACGCGCGGCAAGAGCUGCGCGCGCAUUCAGCCGGUCGCAUAGGAAAGCAUUCAUAAUGCUUUCCUAUGGACGCUGGCGUGCUCUCACUGUGAAAAUCACAGUGAGAAGCACGCAAGUGCCUCUAGUGGCUGUCAAUGAGACAGCCGCUAGAGGAAAUAGGGGGAAGGCUUAACCCAUUCAUAAACAUAGCAGUUUCUCUGAAACUGCUAUGUUUAUGAAAAAAUUGGUUAGCCCUAGCUGGACCUGUCACCCAGACCACUUCAUUAAGCUGAAGUGGUCUGGGUGCCUAGAGUGGUCCUUUAAGUUUUCCCUUGGGGACAUUGUAUCCCCUAGUGUCUGUGUCCCAAGAGGUCUCCAUGUGUCCCUGUGUCACUUGUGUACAAUCAAUAAACCAUAUGAGGUAACUGUAUCCACUCACAUGAUUCAGAGCCUAUUGUGAAUGGCUGAUUUUUCUGGCAGUGUGUUGGUAAUUCCACACUGACUAUAGCAGCGUUUAGAUUACCAAUUGCCAAUGGAGCUCCUUCUUUUGAACACCCAUGUACCGAACCUCACUUACCUGAUCCUGACUACGCUGACUUCUCCACUCCCAGACUCAGAACAGACUUGACUAUGAAUUCCUCUAAUCCUCAGUAUAGUGUAAGGUAUCCUCAAUCCUCAUUAACAUACUGGAAAGGACUUCCAUUCUCAUCAUCCACAGGUAUAAAGCGAAUUUCUUCAGUUAAUAGGAUUAAUUAUUGGAUCAUACCUUAAGGCUAUUUUGGAAGGAAAAGGGUAUACUAAUGUCUGCCCUCAGGGAUUCAAUUACUUUUUGUUUGCACUAUUGAAACUUCAAUUACAGCUGAUUGCUCUUUCCUAAUUUGUUUCAUUUAUAAUUGUCUAAAAGGACUAUAACCACUAUCCAAAUCAUGAUCUAUUUAUUUUCAACAUUUACUGUUGCAACUUAAAGGACUGUGUUACAUUCCUGAAACCGGUAUUGUAACAGUAGUAAAGGGUCAGGGCUGAUAGAAUAAACUGGGAAAAGGGAAAUUAAAGGCAACUUUCCUCCAAAAAGAAGGGAAUCCCUCUAUUCCUAUAGCAGUGAGGCUAGUACAAAAUAGAAUAUAUGUUUGUCUGCUCUGGCAAAUGUGAGUAAUAUUCUCUUAUUUAUGCUUCUGGUUGAUUUUAUACAGUGAGCACUAUUGUUGUUUCUUUUUAUUUUUUGGUCCACACAUCACUGAAACCAUUCUUCACAUAUCCUAUAAGUGGGGAUUGUACCACUGUAUGCCUUUUAUUAUACUAGAGCUGGUUUAAAGCUCUAAAAAAUGUGAGUAGGACCAUAUAUACUUUAACUCUUAUAUUUAUAUUUUCUGGACUUACUACAACAUUAUGGUCUCCUUCUUCUUUCCACAUACGGACCGCAUCUGAUAUCCCAACAAGAAAAUUUUCCUUGAACAAGUUCGUGAUUGCUCCUCCAGAAAGUAUAUACCAUCAUCUUUUAUUGGACUCUUUAUUUUGGACAUAAAUAAUAAAAUAUAAAUUAUUGAAUAUAUCUUAUUUUAUAUUUAUUUGUAUUUAAAGGACCACUAUAGUGCCAGGAAAACAUACUCGUUUUCCUGGCACUACAGUGCCCUGAGGGUGCCUCCACCCUCAGGGACCCCCUCCCGCCCGGCUCUGGAAGGGGGAAAAACGUACCUUUUUCCAGCGCUGGGCGUGGAGCUCUCUGCCUCCGAUUCUCCUCCGUUCCUCCCCGUCGGCUGAAUGCGCACGCGCGGCAAGAGCUGCGCGCGCAUUCAGCCAGUCGCAUAGGAAAGCAUUAUCAAUGCUUUCCUAUGGACGCUUGCGUGCUCUCACUGUGAUUUUCACAGUGAGAAUCACGCAAGCGCCUCUAGCGGCUGUCAAUGAGACAGCCGCUAGAGGCUUUGGGGGAAGGCUUAACACAUUCAUAAACAUAGCAGUUUCUCUGAAACUGCUAUGUUUAUAAAAGAAUGGGUUAACCCUAGCUGGACCUGGCACCCAGACCACUUCAUUAAGCUGAAGUGGUCUGGGUGCCUAGAGUGGUCCUUUAAGGUCUCUUAUUCUAUCUUAUUUUUUAAAUGUAUCUUAUCAAUUGUAGACCUGUUUAAGGCAUCUUAUGUUGGUUAUAAUAUUCUCACCAGUCUCUUUAGAGUGGGGCUAAUCCUCUACACUUUAUUAUAUUUUGUACUGAAACAGGAAUUAUCUGUUCCUCCUAUUCUCUAUUUGAAGUCUAAUGGACUGUAUUAUUUAUUCCUAAUCAAGGAGUUACCUUAUUUCAUUUAUUGCUAUUGACCAUUUUUCUGUGAAGCAAUUCUAAGCAAGAUUACCAUUGCUAAAUGGGAUAUUCUUUUCAAUUUAUAGUGCUGCAGAAGAUUGUUAAAGCAAAUAUAACUUUCAACAAAUCAAACUUUUUUAAAGUGACAGUAUCAAAUUUAAUUUCCAAAUGAGUUCCAAAUGAAGUAUUACACUCACACAGAUUUGUUUCACCCAGCGAACCAGGUUCCUAUAGUCUGCCAUAAAAAAAAAAAAAAGAUAUAUCCUCAAGUUCUGAACCGAUCUUAUUUGCAUUAUAAAUGCUCUGUUCCUACGUUCAAUCUUCAGUAUCACGUAAGCAAAUACUGUCCAUGUCAAAGUGCACGGUGUAAGUGGUCGCAUCAGCAGACAUUGCGACUAAUCCUCUGGAGAACAUGUGUGAGAGUAGAACACUGGGUCUAUGGAGAAUACUGUAAGAGUCUCCAUAGAAAAUAUCAAGCAAUCAGCGAGUCAAUGCUUUAUUCCUGAAACCGUCUAUAGUGACAAAACUUGACAGCGGUAGCUCUGCCUUUUGUAAAGUACCAAGUAGUCGCUCUAUUUUGUCUUCUCUUUUUGUCUUCUCUUUUUAAUGCAUUGGAAUUUCAAUAUCAUUCCAAUGCAGUCUUUAUAAGCAUUUUGUAAAUAUUAUGUCUUUAUGGAAUGCUCAAAUAUAUAUUUUUGUGGCUAACAGCCGCUUUAAGUACUUUUACCCUUUAACAUAACAAUUUUAUAAAAAGGAACACUAUAGGGUCAUGAACACAAACAUGUAUUCCUGACCCUAUAGUGCUAAACCCACCAUUUAGAUGGCUUGCCCCCCAUGAAGCCCCUUUAAAAGCAAUUAAAACUCACCUUAUUUCCAGCGCCGCCCGGGUCUGCCGGCACUGUCCCCACCUCCCUUGGUGACAUCAUCAGAAUUGCAGAUUUUUUGCAAAUCCAAUGCUUUCCCAUGGGAAAUCAUUUUGGCCAAUCAGCACCUCCUCAUAGAGAUGCAUUGAAUCAAUGCAUCUCUAUGAGGAAAAUUCAGCGUCCCCAUGCAGUGCGUGGAGAUGCUGUACGGCAGUGCUGCCUACUGUGCAGCACUGCCCCAGGAAGCACCUCCAGUGGCCAUCUGAAGAGUGGCCACUUGGAGCUGUCCCUCGGGGCAAUGUAAACACUGCCUUUUCUCUGAAAAGUCAGUGUUUGCAUUAAAAUGCCUGAAGGCUGGGGGUGUGGCUGACAUAGCACCGCACCAGACAUGCUUUUGAGAAGCUCCGUUCAGGCCCAGAGACUUAAUCCAAAAAACCUGUCUAAACGAAGCCAAGGAAGUCUCUCUAUAAUCCCCACCCUACAGAGAGACGAUAUGGGGCGCAAGCACCCAAAAUUUCCAGGGUCAGAACCCCCAAAGCAGCAAGAUAUACGGCUUUCAUUUGAGAGAGCUACGCCAACCUCAGAGAGAGAGUGUGAAGUGGGAACAGUGCAAAAGAAGCUCCUAGAGAUGGAGGGGCGAGAUAAAGACAGGGAAAAAAGGCUGCAAAUCCCUGAAACCAAUAUGACAGAGCUUGCACAGCAGGUCCAGAGGCUAAACCGAACAGUGACCUCAUUGGAGUCCCGACACAGGCGCCAUAACAUACACCUGCUGGGCAUACCUGAGGAGAUACAGAGAAACUUGCUCCUACCCUAUACUCCACAGCUAAUCACAACCAUCGGCCUGAAGGGGUGAGUGGACCCUGGGGUGAUCCUUUCCGAAUUAGAAAGGCGAGCACAGCCCCAUCAUCAUAAGAGACAUAGCCGCGAGAUCAGCCAUUAUGCACCCAGGUGACAGUAGUACAGGCCCAGUCCCUGGGGGCCCACUAACCCAAGCCGCCACUCUAGACCCUACACCCACACCUCUGAUGCUUACCCACAACCAUACACAGAGAGGGUAGGACCCCCUUAACCAUAGUUGAGGAGACACACAAACCAGACAUACGCUGACUACAGACUCCCCCACAGAUGUGACAAUGUACACAGAGUAAUUCCCCACAGAUGGCAAUGUGAUGUGUUAUAUUUUCUGUUUUACCUUUUUCAAUUACCAUACUCUGACAUGAAUGUAUGCUUUUAAGCAUGAAAUUCAAUAAAAUACAAAUUUUUAAAAAAUGCCUGAAGGCAAUCAUUAUACUCACCAGAACAACUACAUAAAGCUAUAGUGGUUCUGGUGACUAUAGUGUCUCUUUAACACCUUUGAACUGGUCUCACAUCGAUCCUGAUCCAGCCUGCUACAAACAGAGAAUUUUUGUAGUUAUAACUCUAAUUCUUCUGUCCAAUAUGUAAUGUUAAAUGAGGCGUCCACUCCUCCAUGUCCCAUUUUAAUUAUUGUAAAGUGUGUGUGUGAAUAUUUUUUUUUUUUUUUUUUUAAAUUUAAAAUUGUAAAUGUUUGUUUUGUUUUACAGGUGGUAAAGUUGUUUCUUGGAUUAAACUAGACGUGAACUGACGUCAAUACAAGCAAGAACAUGAGUGCCAUCUCAGGGGUAGUGUUGAAGAACCUCUCUUAUGCUGUGAACAUGAGUCUUACUGUAGCAAGUCAGACUAACACUACGACUGGUUCACCUUCAAUGUCUAUAAACAGACUAUUUCCCGCUCUCCUGGAGUGCUUUGGGAUCAUAUUGUGUGGCUACAUUGCAGGGAGAGCCAAUGUUAUCACUCCAAUUCAAGCAAAAGGCCUGGGCAACUAUGUGUCCCGAUUUGCACUUCCAGCUCUACUCUUCAAAAAUAUGGUGGUCUUGGAUUUUUCCAAUGUCAACUGGUCUUUUCUUUAUGGUAUAAUGAUUGCCAAAGCUACAGUAUUUUUUCUUGUCUGUGUGCUAACAUUAUUAGUCGCAAGUCCACAAAGUCGAUUCAGCAAAGCAGGUCUCUUUCCCAUAUUUGCAACACAAAGCAACGAUUUUGCACUUGGAUAUCCCAUAGGUAAGAUCUAGUAGGUAUCUUUUCGUUGUUCAAAGGUAGAAAAUAAACUUUCUCUAGUUAAUCUGUAAGCUGUAUUUUGAGGUGUGACAGCUUAUUGUGUGUGCAAUGCAUUUUUUCCAGUAGCUGUCAUAGGUGAGAGUAAGUGAAAACUAGGAGUAUGCUAUUCUAUUUAAAACACAUUUUCUAGAAUUGGAGUACUAGAGGUUAACUUUUAUUUUCCAUCUUUGUAUUGAAAACACAUUUGCUAGAUUGUGUUCAUAUUUUCAAAUCCCUUUUAGAACUAAAAGUUACUCGUUCCUGCAGAACUCUUUUUACUACAUGAUCUCUGGGAGGGCAAGGUAGCAACAUGCAGAAUGCGCCUCCUGUCAAGCAUUUUCUGAUUUAAAAGUGUUACUCCAACCCAUAUAAGUUUAUAUUUCUUUAUUUUUAAAUUAGUCAUUCCCUAUGGGCAUUAUACUUUAGGUUCCCCUCCCUCCCAUCAGCAGAGCUCCUGCACCCUCCGGAUGUCAUGGCAGCCGAUGCGCUCCAAUCAAAGGCUUCUCAUAGAGGUGCUUUUGAUUGGACCAUUUAGCAGGCUCAGAGCACACAUGCACUCUGUGAACCAGGAAGACAAGAGGGAGUUGGAGGGAGUUUAAAAUAACUGAACAGAUGGGAUCAGGGCCAGUGCAAGGAUUUUUGCCACCCUAGGCAAAAGUAAAGUUUGCCCCCCCCCCAUGUGACAUCACAAUGCUCCACCCAUAUGAUCUGCCAUGUUAACUAACGCCAGUGCUGCAGUGCCGCCGUGUUUACAUUAAAAGGCCUGCAGGGACAGGCUAUAGACAACAGAACAACUACAUUAAGCUGCAGUGGUUCUGGGGACUAUAGUGUUUCUUUAAUGUGAGGUAAAUUAGAGCUUAGUGCCACGAAUAAUAAUAUACUAGAUUGCCUACUUACAACCAGAUGAGGAUGAUGAUGGGCUCUAGCUGCAGUCUGGCUCCACUGGUCUGGUGUAGAACAGGCUCUCUGGAGGCUGUUUGUAACCGUGGUCACAAAAAUCAAUGUUCUGGGAGAACGGGAAGCAGCUCCAUUUUUUGGGGGCCCUUUACACAGCUCAAGGUCUGGGUCCCAGGGCCCACCUUCAUAUUCCACCAAUGAGUUUGUUCACAGGGGGUGGAGUGUGUAGGGGAUGUCCAGAUAUGUGUGUAAGGGUUGCAUUGUGUGAAUCUGUGUUUGUAUGUGUAAGGGCUGCAAGGUGUGUUUCUGUGUAUGUACAGGAUGCAGUGUGUGCGUGUGUAAGGGGUGCAUUGAGUGUGUUUAAGGAAUGCAUUGUGUGUUUCUGUGUGUGUAAGGGAUGCAUUGUGUGUAAGGGUUGCAUUGGAUGGGAUCGGAAGGCGAGAGGGCUGCAGGGAGGGAGGAGACACAAAAGACCCCUUUUGCAAGCUCUGCCUGCAAGAGGAGAAUCAGAAUAGGUUUGUCACCAGCGUGCAGUGCACACGGACGACAGACUUUGGAGUAACUCUUUAAUUAUUGUCAAGAUCGAGGACCCCAAUUCAUUUAUAAACUUAACUAGCAUGUCCAUCCAUAUGCUUCUUAUAGAGAAGCAUUGAAUCCAGUGCUACACUAUGAGCUGCAUUUGAUGAAGUUAAGCAUUUUCAUGGAUAAGUCAAACUUGGUAAUUGAAGAGUAAGGGUAUUCAUAUCCAUUUAAAUACUUCCACAUAGUGCUUAUUAGUAGAUGUGAAGAUGAUGCAGUAGCUUUGUAUCUGCCCUACUUUAAUUCUUCUUCUUUUUAUUUUUAUUUUAUUUUUAUUAUUUUUUUUAAUAAACCGCAAAUUCAAAUAAAAUGAAAGUUAAAAAACAGAUUGCAACAUGCAGGCAGAACUAGCUAGUCUGUGACUAAAGCGGAGUUGGAGACUAUUUCCAGUUGAACUAAUUUUACCAAAAUUUUGCAGUUUGGAUUUUAGUUCACUGCAGAUUGAUGUUGAGUAAGUAAACACAAUAAUGCGGAUCUGUUGGAUCUCCUCAUAAUAAGAGGCAAGUUAGAUUGGCUGGCCCUUCAGGUGAAGAGUGAAUGAAUGGGUCCCUCCAGAGAUGUAGGCCUUGAUUUUAGUAAUUUUAUAUAAGGGUUUCGAAUAAUCACAAUCUGUUAGAAAAACUUUUCAAAUCAUUUAGCUACAAAAAUUCCAUAGAUAUGAAUGGUAACUUCUGUUUUAAUAAAUAGUUUGAAAAGUUUUAUCUAAAAAUAUUAAAAUAAGGCUGUAGUGUAUUGGGAGAGGGGUGAUUUUUGUUUAUAGUAAUGGCUAUGGUGCUACCAUCCCCAGAACUUUGAACUUAAUGCAGCUUUUUUUGCUUUUGAAGUAAAAGCACAUAUUUACUGUAUUUUUUUUAAAGUGGGACAAUAACUUCCCAGGAUUUGUAAUGUUAUGUUUUCUUGCUCUAUAUUUAAACUAAUAUGUAUUUGUGAAGUGGGAAAAAUAAAGUUUAAAUGUAUAUAUUACACAUCUUUUUAUCUUGCAAAUAGACGCCUUCAACUUACUCUCUUUCGUCAUUGUUAAGCUCUACCGUUUAGACCUCGCACUCCGCAUAAAGAAAGCAUAGAAAGAAGACAAGAAAUUAAACACUAUGUCAAUUUUCCUCUUUAUUAGCAAUGUUCUCCUUACUUUGCCUUUUUAAACUGGGUAUUGAUGUAAUUUGCUAAAUCUUUAAUAUAGAUCUAAAAGAAAAGAGCACACCUUGCUAAAACAAGUUAGAUGUGUUUUUUUUUUUUUCCAAGGCUACAAAUACUCUUCUUAACCCCUUAAGGACCAAACCUCUGGAAUAAAAGGGAAUCAUGACUUGUCACACAUGUUGUGUGUCCUUAAGGGGUUAAAGGGACACUAUAAUCACCCAAAUAAGUUUAGUUUAAAGGACCACUCUAGGCACCCAGACCACUUCAGCUUAAUGAAGUGGUCUGGGUGCCAGGUCCUUCUAGGGUUAACCCAUUUUUUCAUAAUUAUAGCAGUUUCAGAGAAACUGUUAUAAUUAUGAAUGGGUUAAGCCUUCCCCCUAAUCCUCUAGUGGCUGUCUCAUUGACAGCCACUAGAGGCGCUUGCGUGCUUCUUACUGUGAAAAUCACAGUGAGAGCACGCCAGCGUCCAUAGGAAAGCAUUGUAAAUGCUUUCCUAUGAGACCGGCUGAAUGCGCGCGCAGCUCUUGCCGCGCGUGCGCAUUCAGCCGGCGGAGCGUAACAGAGGCGGAGAGGAGGAGGAGAGCUCUCCGCCCAGAGCUGGAAAAAGGUAAGUUUAAACCCCUUUCCCCCUUCCAGAGCCGGGCGGGAGGGCGUCCCUGAGGGUGGGGGCACCCUCAGGGCACUAUAGUGCCAGGAAAACGGGUAUGUUUUCCUGGCACUAUAGUGGUCCUUUAAUGAAUCAGUUUUGGUGUAUAAAUCAUGCCCCUGCAAUCUCACUGCUCAGUUCUCUGCCGUUUAGGAGUUAAAUGACUUUUUUUAAUGCAGCCGUAGUCACACCUACUUGCAUUUGACUUGUGCAGUCUUCAUAAACACUUCCUGUUUAAUCUAAUGUGUACACUUCCUUUUAUUGCACAUUCUGUUUAGUUCAGAAUUUCAUUUCUCCUGCUCUGUUACUAGCCUUCUAGACACAGGAGCCUCGUGGGUGUGAUUGAAGUUCAAUUUACAGAGUAGGUGAUAAAAACUUCUAAAGCAAAUUAACAUCUGAAUGAAAAUUAAACCAUUUGUUUCAUGCAGACUGUCUCCGUCCCAGCCAAGGGAGGUGUGGCUGGCGGUGCAUAAACAAAAACUAAAGUGUUUUAACGCCUAAAUGUCAGAGAAUUAAGCAGUGAAACUUCAGAGGCAUAACCUAUACACCAAAACCACUUCAUUAAGCUAAAGUUGUUUUGGUGACUAUAGUGUCUCUUUAAAGCUGAAUGUUAGUUUUUGUUGUGGUUUACAGUGCUUGAAAACUAUCAUUCUAAUUUCAUAUUUAUUUUUUAUUUAGUGGAUGCCUUGUACCAAACCACAUAUCCUGAAUAUCUUCAGUACAUCUACUUGGCAGCCCCGGUUUCUCUCAUGAUGCUGAAUCCCCUGGGAUUUGUUCUUUGUGAGAUACAAAGAUGGAGGGAUAAUCCAACUACUAACCAAAGCAAAAUCAAGAUUUUAGGACUGGCUUUCCUUCGCGCCUUCCAGAACCCCAUUGUUUUUAUGGUCUUUAUAGGCAUUGCCUUCAAUUUUGCACUUGGCCAGAAGAUUCCCAUCUUUAUGGAGAACUUCUUGGAUGGCCUGGCCAGCUCUUUCUCUGGCUCAGCUCUGUUUUAUCUCGGUCUCUCAAUGGUUGGCCAGACCAGUAAACUUAAAAAAUCUUCUUUUGUUGCAUUGCUGCUACUUAUUACUGCAAAGCUGUAAGUAUAAAGACAUUUAAAACAUGUUUUAUUGGUUUGAUAAGCAUGAUAUGUUGUAUGUUUUCUCUUUGUAUACAUCUUCCAAACUACUGCAUACACUGCACUUUCCUUUUAUAAAACAUACAAAAGGACAUUUAGAGCAACUAUACAACAACUUAAUUUAGUUGUUCUGGCAAUUAGAGCAUGUCCCUGCAGACAUUUUAAUGCAGACACUGCCUUGUCAAAGAAAAGGCAGUGUUUACAUUGCUGCUUAGGAUAACCUCCAAUUGCAGUCACUCAGACUGUCAGAGGUGCUCCCUGGGUCAGUGCUGCACAACAUUUUCCCCACAGAGAUGCAUCUGAUUUGCCAGGGAUGCAUUUGGCUCCGCCGCUGCCCUGCCUUCUUGACUGAGAUCAUCAGAAUUUACAAUCUCAGCCAAUCCAAUGAUUUCCUAUAGGAAAGCAUUGGAUUGUCUGAGACCAUCAAUUCUGAUGAUCUCAGCCAAGGGGGUGGGGACAUUGCUGGUGGUGGGUUUUUACUAUAUUUAAAGGAGGCAGGGAGUCCAGGGGGCUAAAUAGUGUUAACACAAUUGGUUUAGGAAUACACGUUUUCUAUUUCUGACUCUCUAAUAGGGAUUGACCGAUUAUCGGUCUGGCUGAUAUUUGGUAUUUUUGGCAAAUUACACAUUUUACACAAAUUACAUACCUGCAUAAACACACACACACACUCACUCUGCAUUAUAUUAACACUACACACACUACACAGACACACUGCAUUCACUAUACACACACUAUACAAUCACUGCAUUCACUAUACACGCUACACACACACUCUGCAUUCACUUUAUAUACACACUACAUAAACACUCACUGCUUUCACUAUGCACACUUCACAAAUACACACUGCAUCCACUACAUAGCUCCCCUGUCUAAACACACUGCAUCCACUACAUGUGGCAUGUAAAUUUUGUGCAUUUACUUUUUAAAAAUGGUUUAUUUUUUUUAAAAUGGCAAAUGUACAGAAUAUCUAUAAGUUACCGGCUAUCGGCCUGAAAAUUCACAGAUUAUCGGUAUCUGCUCUAAAAAAAUCACUAUUGGUCGAUCCCUACUCUCUAAUGUUCCUUUAAAGAAUUAUAUACUAUGUAUUCAUAACUGAAGGUGGCAAACAUUAAAAUGAAACGGUCAUGCAUAUAAUAGGAGUGAUGACUAACUUUGGCACUGUAGUUGUUUUUUUGCAGACAAUGUUUAUUAGAUUGUAUAAGCAUCACUAAAAUGUAGUCCACGGGCCUGUGCAGUUUGUAAAAUGAAGGGAUAGUAUUAUAAUAUCCUCAUUGUUAUAAGGGCCUGGAGAUCCUCCCCAACACUUUUAAGGUUGUUUUUUUGCAGUAGGAAAGAUGGUAGCAGUAAAUUACCAAGUGGGUUCUUUAUCAUUACUUAGUGAGCUGAUAAAGGCUGCUAAUAGUGUACACUUUUUAUGCUAAAAUUGCUGUGACAUGUCGGGAGUAAAACAGUUUUAUUUUAUGGACAGAUUUUAAGAAAAGCCCGUUCAUAUGAUGUAAUGUAAAUUAAUCUUUUUUUUUUUUUUUCUUCGGAUAACAUAACUCUAGGGCUUAUCUAUUUUUCAACAUUGUGAAUUUUAUUUAGAAUUAGACCCAGUCUCUGUUGUUGUGUAUUGUUUUUGUCUUUCUUUUCCUUCUGUCUCACACAAUGUCCUGUUUUUUUUUUUUUUGUUUGUUUUUUUCUUAUUAUUAUUUUGUAACUUUUUCUUUUUAUUCCCCCUCAGGCUGGCAGUGCCGCUUAUCUGCAGGGAAAUGGUGGAGCUGUUGGACAAAAGCAACAGUCCAGUUAACCACACAAGCUUAUCUAAUUAUGCAUUUCUGUAUGGAGUCUUCCCAGUGGCCCCUGGAGUCGCUAUCUUUGCAAACCAGUUCAACAUGGAAGUGGAGAUUGUAGGUUUAAUGUGCAUACAGUUCCUUAUAUGAUCAUGUUGUAACAUUUUAAAGGGACCAGUAUUACCUUUUUUUUUAUUUUUUAUAUGCUUUGAUUAUAGUUGUUCAGUUAUGGAAUAGCAUAUCUUAAUGUAGCUUGGGUGAACCUUGCCACUACUGAAACAGUCAGCAAUAGUCCCUAUUCUUUCGUUUUGGCUUGUGGUGUGUUUUUUUUUUUUUAAAGAACAGACCAUAACCAAUUCUCUGUUCUGAUUCAAAUGAUGAACCUGCUCUAGUAACAUAAUUUUAAGCCUCCUCAAUGAACACUGUCAUGCAUACUGGGGUUGCUUAGCAUACCUUUAGCCUGGUAAUAUUCUCAGGUGACAGUGCAUGUAAAUAGUGAGUGUACAUAGCAGCACGCUUCAUAGAACAACAGAAUUUUGCUUCUAUCAAAGACACAAAGAGGAAUAGUAUUUUUCUAGUUACAUUGUAUUAUGGGCUGAAAAGAGUCCAAGUGUAUCUUUAUUUAUUAAAAAAAAAAAGUUUAAAACAUACUGCCAUGUAACAUUUAUAAUUCACAUAUGUGAAAAAUGCUAAUUAGCAUAACAUAUCUUAAAAUAAAUAUUUUUAAGUACAGUUUCCUCACAAUCUGGUGUACAUUUUAUUUCAUAUUUUAUUUUGGGGAAUGUGUUUAAAUGAAUAUUUGCUGAUUCUUGUUAACAGGUCACUUCUGGAAUGGUGAUAAGCACUUUUGUAUCUGCACCCAUCAUGUAUGUGUCAGCCUGGCUCCUGGCAAUCCCCACUAUGGAUCCCAAGCCAUUGAUGUCUGCGUUGCAGAAUGUGAGCUUUGAUAUCAGCAUUGUAGGCUCAUUGUCCCUGGUAAGUUAACUGGAGAAUGUAACAUGCAGAGUAUAGAUAUGAGAAAGGGUGGCACACUCCCUAGGUGUUAUCAGGUGUACAUUUUGUUGGGAUGCUGUCAAAAUAACAUUAUACAAAAUACUCUAAAAAAAAUUGCUAUGCAAUCCCUGUGCUGUGUUGCUCCACACACACAUUUGCCUCUUCUGGUACACAAAGAAGGCUCUAAGAAGUAUGUAUGCGAGCGCUGUAUUUAGGGAUGGAGCUCUGAUACCUGUGAUCUUCUUGCUCUGCUAUCUCGUGUGCCUUAUGGUUAAGCCGGAUAUGACAUCACUCCGGUCCAGGUAUCCCCAAACUGCGCACCAGGAGCAAAGCAAGAAGAUCACAGCAACUUGGACCCCAGGGAAGAAUCUAUAGGUAGGGAGGCUGGGAAUUUAAGAAUUAUAAUUGUGUGUUUGUCUGUCAGUGAGUAUGUCUUUCAGUAUCAGAGUUUGUGUGUUUGAGUAUCAGUGAGGGCAUGUGUCUGUCAGUCAAAGUGUUUGUUGAUCCUCAACAGGAAGAGGUGUGGCCUUGACAGGAAGGGGUGGGGCAAAUUUAGAUUAGUCAUGCCUAGGGCAGUAUGGAACCAAAAUAAACCACUGCUGUAUGGUAUGUAGUGAAAUGAAAACAGAAUUACAAAAUUCAGGUUAAAAUAGCCAUGUGUUAAACAGCGCAAGGGAGCCGCUUGAAGAUCACUGCUCGCUCGCACGCUGCCCCGGGCGACUGGCCGGCUCCAUUGUUUCUCCGUCCUGCCUUUAGCUAAAGGGCUUUAAAUCCCAGUCGCAAUGGCGACCUGGCGCCUUGGAUUUGUCAAGCUCUGCUGUACAGACACCAAUAGUAUCUCAGCGAUUGCCGCAGAAUCGCUCAGCUUGACUGAAUUCUGACUACAUUUGGGUUUAGUAAGCAUGAGAAUUCAUAUAAGCUAAUUGAUUCAUGUCGAGGAACAUACUAGUAGGGAUGAGAUGUUGCUGUUGUCUAGCCUAUUUAAGAGAAUAGUUUAUUCCAACAUAGAAAAAUAUAUAAUAUGGAUAUCAAAAGAGCUGGAAUCUAGGGAUAAUUGUGGGACAGAAUAUUUUAUAUUUUGUGAAAAUUAUAAUAAUAAAAAUUGUAUUAAAGGACCACUAUAGUGUAAGGAAAACCAACUCGUUUUCCUGACACUAUAUAUAAUCCUUAGGUUCCCCCCACCCUCAGGGCUUGCCUCUCGCUGGGCUGAAGGGGUUAAAACCCAUUCAGCCACUUACCUUUAUCCAGUGACCUCUCCUCCCCCUCCGACGUCUGCUCCCGAUGAGCCAAAUGCGCAUGCGCGGCCAGAGCCACGUGUGCAUUAAAAUCGCCCAUAGGAAAGCAUUUCUCAAUUGCAUUGAGCGUUGCAGAAGUGCCUCUAGCGGCUGCCAGGAAGACAGCCACUAGAGGCUGGAUUAACCCUGCAAUGUAAACAUAGCAGUUUCUCUAAAACUGCUUUGUUUACAACUGCAGGAUUAAAACCUGGGGGGCCUGGCACCCAGACCACUUCAUUGAGCUGAAGUGAUCUGGGUGACUAUAGUGGUCCUUUAAUAAGGUGAUCUUGAUUAUAGAACCACACGAAUGGUUAUGAUUUAAAGAGAUACCAACUAUUUCUUCUCUGAAACCUAACCUAAUUUAUAAUUCAAUUCAACAUAACGUACAAUAACUAUAUUACUUAAAAAUUUAAUUUAUUGUGAUAACAAUCUAUACAAUAAAAACCUUAUCAGUGAUCAUACAACAUGCAACAAAGAAAUAUAAUUUCCAGAUUAGAGAAUGAAAUCUGGAUAAUAAUAUUUAGUUAUUGGUUCAAAGAAUUGUUAACCAAUGAAUUCAAUAACAUAACUUAUUGCAUUAAUAUUUUAUAUUAUUCACCCUAAUAUAACAAGUAUUACAUUACAAUAUCUCCUGCAAUAAACAAGAAUAAAACACAUUUGCUGCUUCUACAAAGUUUCAAUUACUUGUUUAGAAAAUCUCUACUAUCCUUAUAAAACCUGUGUAUGAUUGGUUAUAUGUAUUUAAAAUUCAAGUUAAUUCAUCGUCUAUGAAAAUAGGUUAUAGAAUCUCUGGUUUUAAAAGUCCAAUUUUUAAGUUAGGUGGUCUUUUUUUUGCAUAACCUGUUUAGUAGGGAUGUGAACCAGCGUAUGUUUGCUAUUUCAGCAGCACAUCAAUUAAUGUGUUUGUUUUAGAGCAAAGGUGCCCACAAGGUAGAUGCCCAAAUGUUGUAGAGCUACAACUCCCAUGAUGCCUUGCGUGCCUUUUAAAAUGACAAAGCAUCGUGAUAUGGGAUCUACCUUUUAGGCAUCCCUGUUGUAGAGAAUGCACAUGCAUUUGUGUUUAUUAAAUGUAUAAUGUAUAUUUAUUCUUUUCAGGUUUGGACUCUUGCUGUUUUACUUCUGAGUAAGAAAUACAAGCUCCUCCCUCAUUCACUCACUGGGAACCUACUACUAGCACAGGUCUGUGCAGUAAAACGUUUUUCCCUUUCUUUUGUCAUCUAUAAAUGAUUAAAUGAACAGAUACUUAGAGUUCCUUGGGUUAAAGUUGGCCUGUCAUGUGUGUUUUGUUUUUUAUUUAUUUAUUUUCUUCAAUGUGAUUGUAGAUAUAAAGAUUUUAAGCUCAUGGGGAACUUAAACAUCCUCUGCCGUGAGCUCAUCUUAAAACAUCUGAUAAAUUGCUAUAACGAAUUAGAUUUUUGACUGUUCUGUUUCUCACAGUUUAUUGUCUGCAUUGGGAUGGUGUUGUGGAACUUCAUUAUACAAGAGAGAAACGUGGUUGGCCAGAUUCUUGUGUUUGUGAUUCUCUAUAGCGCUCUCUACAGCACUUACCUGUGGACAGGUAAUUCCAUAUUUCUCUGAUUUUACAUGUGACUUUUCAAUAACUUUUAACAAUAUUAAACAAAGUUUGUAAAGUAGUUCUUACUUGACAAAAAGUAUUUGGAAAUUAACAUUUCCUGUUCAGCAGUGUUCUGAUAUGGCUGAGACUCUCCAAGAAAACCUUAUGUGCAAAAUGUAUCUAGUUUAAAAAAGCUUGCACAGCAAACAUUUUGAUGGAGCAAUCAGUUUGUAAAUGUGAAAUUCUGUUUGGUUUUGGAGGUGCUGUUCCUAAAAUACAGUCUUAUGUACAUGGAAGGGCCACAUCCUGUUUCAACAAGGUUCUGGGCACACAAUAAUGGUGGCAUCUCAAGUUACCUUGAAGUGAAGACUUGAGUGCCUUGACUACUUUAGAUUUCAAUACUUUAACCUGUUCUUGCACAAGAAAGCCAUCUUAUCGUGGGGAUUCCUUUACACCAGUUUCUCCUCCGUUAGUGAAGCAUUUCAAAUCUCCUUUGCCUUAUCUAGCAAUUUUGGUCAAUGGGAACUGUUGUAGAUAUGGCAAGAUCUGCUCACUGUGUUUUUCAUGAGAAUCUGCCUCUUUGCAGACAAUUUAAAUGGUGUGAUGGUACACAUUAGCUAUAAUCCCCAGGGAUAUUGCUCUUGCUGUAUCUUAAAAUCAGCACAGGUGUAAAGCUUAAAUAUCUUAUCUAAAAGUCUGCCACUUUUAUUACAUUGUUCAUGGAGCAUAUGACCAUUAAAAGAAACUGAUACCUUCAUUAAGGACAUCUGCCAACUUGCUCCUUUGCUCAACUAAUGUCGGGUAAACAUAGGGAACCUGUGAUGCUUAGGGCUCCAGUGUCCUCACCACAUCUCUUCUUUCUCUGGGAGCCUAGGGGAAAAUGUUACUGCAGAUACUUCUUCGUAACCAUCUUCAGAAAAGUAAGAAAAAGGGCCAUAUGACCACCUUAACUAUGUUUGGAUUACCAGGCCUGUGGGGCACAAAAUAAAUGUAUAUUGUAAUCAGACAGUAAUAUGAGCAGAUCGUGGGUUUGAGAUCAGCCUCAUGUUUGAGGAUAUAAAUAUAAAUGUGUAAAUGGUCCCUCCAAAAGUGAUUUUUGUGAACAAAUAUCUGCACACUAAAUAGCAACUCCUUUUGACUUGGCUUGCUGGUUAUGGCUGUAGAGACCCUGUAGGUAAUGCCCACUCUUCAAAGUUAGUAGCAGAAAGUUUGGUAUCGGUGAAUUACUGUUGGCCUAGUCUCUGUAUAACUAUAUAAUCCUCCAUCAGUUAUGAUCCAAGAGCCUUUUCAUUCCGCAAACUGAAAUAUAAUUUCACUAAAUGCUUUUGAUUUUAAAAUCUUUUUUUUUUUUUUUUCCAUCUACCCUUUCAGGCCUUAUUUCUCUCUCUCUAUUUUUGCUGAAGAAAAGAGAAGUUGGAAAUCUCCCAGUAGUUUUCAUUGCCUUAGCUGGCUGGGGGUAAGUAUUUUUCCUGAAUGUUUAUCAAAUUGAAAACCUAUUUAAAAAAAAAACACACCACUUCCUUACCAAUAUAGUUUGUAUUCAAUGUACCAGAUUUACUCUGUACGUAGUUUUAAUUAUAUCUUAUUUUUUUCUUCUGGUUGCGAUAUUAAUUAUGGAAAUGCAAAUUUUAGGCCUGGAGCUGGUGAUCUUGCUGUCUCUCGUAAUGGACACUACUGCAUCUUUGUGUUUGUGUUUUUUUUUAUUCUGUCUGCUCUCUGUGAAGAAAGAAGUUGCAUAAAAAAGUUUUCUCUUUUUUUUUUUUUUUUUCUUGCAAUGGUUCUUGCUAUAAGGAGAAUGCAUAACAAUUAAAGAAAUAUUACUUUUAACAACUUAAGACAUCCAGGCACCAUAACCUCUUAGGGAUAGGUGGACAGAAAGAAACUGACCUAAUAGAGUGGAAAAAGUGGUAAUACAGAAUAGAGACUAAAUGUUGGGGUGACUCCCCAUACAGUAUGUUCAAAAGAUAAAAAAUAAUAGGGGGGCGGGGCCGGGCGGCCAUGCCAGCAGGCUGCAUAUCACACGGGCUCCUGAGCAAACAAAGGAAAAAAGGCAAUAUAUCCACUUUACCCGACUUAUACGGACCCGGGGGUCCAUGACAUGAAGCCCUGAAGUGUCCCAGUGUAGCUGGAGCGCCCGCCGCAGGGUGGCUCUAGGUCCUGGUGAGAGACUCUGGCGCUCGGGGAUUGAGGCCUACCCGGGAGGGGAGCGGGGUGGACGGCCGCUGCCUCGCUCUCCACUCUGACUGCAGUAAAUCACCAUCUACUUGGUACCUUCCUGGUCCAGCUUCCCCCCCCAUGGGCCGGGGGGGACAUCCCGGUCCCCACCAGGCGGGCUAAUGCCUAAACAUCUCACCUGAAUGGUCUGAAGCCGGAGUGAGGAUCCCACGCGGUCUCACCAAAAUGGCUGACGGAGGCACAGCAACUGCAUCGACAGAAGGUGAUCACUCUGUGCUCACAACCUGCUACCACCGGGGGUCCCUGAGGGCUCUCAAGCCCCCACGUAACAGCCCUGGAACAUACAAGCUGACAAAUGAGAACCACCACAGCCAGCAUUUCCUCCACAUGCCCAUCUCAAAGCGGCAACCCCAGAAGGGCACUCUGCAAGCAAGCUCCACUAACGACCAGGGCUGGAAGAACAAACAGAACACCCAGCUUUACCCACUGACCGCAUGGUGCUAUAGCCCUCGACAAUACAUCAAGGCUCGCAAGACAUGGCAAACCUACCCAACAACCGGGACAUUAGGAACAAGUGGAAUUCAUGGGGUAAUAUCAAGGGACUCACCCCACACCUGGGCAUGGAACACAACCAGAUUACCUCAGGCUUUGCGCUGGGCUGGAGCUGACGGUGACCCCAGCCGUUCAUAAUAAGAAGCACAAUAUAUAGUAUGACAUGAAUAGCUAUACCAGAUAUCACUGUAGUUGCAGUCAUUGAAUAACGUGCAUAUCCUCUGCAUAUGACCCUGUAUAUAGUUCAUCUUUACUUGAGCUUUAUAUGUAUAGAAGGAAAUAACUGAAUGUAUGAUGCUCUGCCUGGUGGCACCCUACUUUAAUGAGAAUCUUAGCUAAAGUUGGAAACCUUAAUAGAAAUAGAUAUAUUUUGUUAGUCAGCACUGCAUAAUCUAUUAUAACCUAAAAUGCAAACUCACAGUCUCAACUACUGUCACGACUACUUAGACCAACUGUUACUGUACAAAAUGUAUGUCUCUCACUUAAGCAUAGUCAGGCAUAAGCAUGUCAAUGUCUAGAUAUUGAAGCGAUGACACGCGACAUAAAUAUUAACCCUAAGCUACUGGUACUAAUCGACAAUGUAAUUCAAAAAGACAGACGUAGUUACUAAGCUUGUACUUAACUUGUAUUAUUACCCUAAAAAAAAAAUGUGUGCGUUUCCUCUAUGCUGUACAACAGUUGACAAAUAAGUGUCUGUAAAUUGAUUGCGAUUGCUGUUGUGGCAUUGUUGAUAUGCAAAAUUAUUUCAUGCACAGCAAAAAAAAAAAAAAAAAAAAAAAAAAAAAAAAAAAAAAAAAAAAAAAAAAAAUUAUAAAUAGGUUGGACACCAAAAUGGGAAAAGUGCAAAUCCACAAAAUCUCUCAACUGUAUAGUUAAGCUCCCAUAUUAGCUUUAAAUGUAAACAAGUGACAAGCAGAAUUAAAAAUUCUAAACGUACCUGAGAAAUGCAGAUAAAUAGAUGAUAUUAUCUGUACACUAAAUAGCAACUCCUUUUGCCCUGGCUAGCAGGUUAUGGCUGUAGAGACCCUGUAGGUAAUGCCCACUCUUCAAAGUUAGUUAUUUAGUUUAGAAAAACUUGAUAUGAUCACAUUAUACAAAUAUAUUCGGGGGAUAUGAUCACAUUAUAGAAAUAUAUUCGGGGCCAAUACAAACCAUUGUGUGGAAAUUUAUUCACAAACUGGACUUUAUAUAGGACACAAGGCCAUGCGUUUAGACUGGAAGAAAGAAGAUUUCGUCUAAGGCAAAGGAAAGGUUUUUUUACUGUAAGAACAAUAAGGAUGUGGAAUUCUCUGCCUGAAGAAGUGGUUUUAUCAGUCCAUACAGAUGUUCAAACAGCUACUAGAUGCAUACUUGCAAAAACAGAAUAUUCAAGGAUACAAUCUUUCAAUGUAGGGUAAUAACUGCUUGAUCCAAGGACAAAUCUGACUGCCAUUCUGGGGUCAAGAAGGAAUUUUUUUCCUAGCUUGUUGCAAAAUUGGAAGUGCUUCAAACUGGGUUUUUUUUGCCUUCUUUUGGAUCAACAGCAAAAAACAAAUGUGAGAAAGGCUGAACUUGAUGGACGCAAGUCUCUUUCCAGAAUGUAACUAUGCAACUAUAUUGAUUACUAUAUUGGAUAGUACACAGAAUAUCUCUUAAAGGGAGUAAGUAAGUUGUUAAUAAUAAGACUUAUUACUCCCUUUUUCAGUGCCGAUUAAGUUGUUAUGAUGCCCAAAGUGUUCCAUAAAGUCCCAAUUGUUGCACUUUACAGUCAUCCUAAUCAGACUCAUUUAUACCAGCAUAGGGUGACCUUUUUGGGCUUUGGAGUUCAACUGAGCCUUGCACUUCAGCAGCAGUUGGAGAUGGAGUUGCACCAUUAAAAAAAUAAAAAACACAGAAUCUCAAUAUCUGAUACUUGCAGAGUUUCAAGCAAAAAUGCUACCUCCCCCCUCUGUCAGUUCCUACAUUGGCUUCACGUAAGAUAUAGGGCUCAAUUUAAGAUCCUUGUACUUGCUUACAGAUCUCUAGAGAAUGCUGCCCCAACCUACCUAUCCUCACUAAUACACAAAUAUGUAUCUAGGCCCCUACGCUCAGCCGAAGACCUAUGUCCAACCUCUGUUCGUACUCCUGCCUUAAAGACUUUUCUAGGGCUGCACUAUGGAACGCCCAUCCCCUCUCUUAGACUUUCACCCAGUCUCCACUCCUUCAAAAAAUCUUUGAAAACUUCUUCAGAAUGCAUAUCAAUUAAACUGUGAACAGCUUUCUCUCCCUGCACCCUGAUUCCUCUCUUGCAACUGUCAUCAAAACAAAACACUAAAUGAAUACUAUCCUAGCAAUCUUCUUUUUCUACCCUACUCUUACCUUUUGUGUCACUAUACCCCACUUCCUCUAGCAUGUAAGCUAAUUGAACAGGAACCUCAAUCCCUCUGUUCCUGUGUGUCCAACUUAUCUGGUUCCUUGUUAGUCCACCCAUUGUAUAACGCUGCAGAUUUGUUGACUCUUUAUAAAUAAUAACAACAACAACAACAUACCUGGUCUUUGUACCAUAUCGCUAUAGCACUUAAAGGCGAAUGCUUUCUGACCCAAGCUGCACGCAUAUGGCCUAAGGAUCUUGUUGUAUACUAAAGUUAGGGAUGACUUUUUACUUAUACAUAUACAUUUAACAAAGUAUUCAUUUCCUUUCGUAUCUUGAUGAAAGGAUCUUUGUAUUAUAAUAUAGUGUUGAGGUGACAAUUCUUCUUUAAAGUCAUAGUACUGCAGGAAGUACGAACACAAAUCUUUAGUAAAAAAUGUCUGUGUGCCAGCUGCAGCCUUUUCUGUUGUCAAUGCAACUAUUGAAAAAGUAAUUGACCGUUCAGAAGACCACAAGAUAAUCAUUGUGAUCAAAUACUUCUAAAGUGGUCUAGCAACUUAAAACAGUGGUUCAAUGUAAUCCCGCCUAUAAAUCACCAUCACGGGACAUUUUCACAUUUACAUUUGAUAUAUAUAUUUUUUUUCUUUCAGCAUUCCUGUCUUAAUUGUUUGCAUUAUUGUAAGCGUCGGAGAACGAGAUGUCGACUGCACUGACUCUGCUUUCUUUUAUGGAAAGUUUCAGGUAAGUCUGCAAGACCCUGUGGAAGUAAGGGUGGGAUUGAUGACCAAAUUCCACUCCACACUUACAAAAUCUUGAUUUAUUUGCAUGGCAUUUUUUUUUUUCAAUAUUUGAUAAUCUUUGAUCUUAGUACUAUUGUAGAGCCUUCGUUGUGGAUAAUCUGGACAAAAAUAAUGUCACAAUAUAUCAGUUGCAUUUUCUACUUAAUGAAAAGUUGAAAAACGAAUCAUACUGGUGCUCUGCUAGAUUGUGUUAAUAAAUGAACAGUCUUAUUUUUAGUGAAUUGGUGCAGCUCUGGGGUAAAAUUUUUGCUUUAUACUCAUCAGUCACACGUUCCUGUAGGAAAAACAGCUGAUUUUCAUUUUCACAAUUUUUAAUUGUGGCUCCAUUCUUAUGUCCCAUCAUGUGAUAUCAUGUGAAAUUAACUCUAUUUCUAUUUAUUUAUUUUCUAAUUAAAUAAUUUUAAUUAAAAAAACAUACUCCGAUUAUAAAUGAUUUGUGACCUUCAUGGACCCAUUAUCAUUGCAAUAAACACUGCAGUCUUGGAGGUCUAAAGCAGCUGUACAAUCAACUUCCCCAUCUCCAAGUAACAGGGUUGCAUCCCCAAGAAUUGAGGGAAGCCAGGUGUGAAUUUAGGGAACAGGGUAGUGCCGUGCUCCCCACUAUAGGGUCAUGUUUGUUUGUUUUCUUGCUGGAGGAUAAGCAAAAUAUGUAUAAAUUAAAGCUAUGUUCUAGCUGAAUGUGAACUUGUCAUUCUUGCUUUGUGGAUGACUGUUAACAAUUUAAGACUCUACAUUUAUAUUGAUGAUAUGUAUGAAGCUGAUGUGGACUCAUCAGUGGUGGCCUUGCAGUCUUACUGAGAAUAAUAGUGCACAAUGCCUGGAGGUGCCCUUUCUCUGUAGGGAGAUAUUGAAGUUCUCUGAACUGUAUUAUUUUGCCAUACUUGUUCCUGGCACUGAACGGAUAUUGUUGUUUUUUUUUCUUUGAAUAAACUGCAGUGUUUUUUUAAAUUAUCUAAACAUAUUUUCUUUUGAUCUUUCACUAGAUUAUCUGCACCGCGGUGGUCCUUUCCUGCAGUAUACUACUAUCUAGUAUAUCACUUCUGUUCAUGAGUCGAAUUGGGCAGGAUAGCAAUUACCAGGCACUUAACCAGUCAUCUCAAAGCAGUAUCAACCGGACUCCUGACACUAGUGAAAUAAAGCCAGACAGUCCUGUGCUGGCAAGCACUCCCACAGUUUCUGCUGAAAGAGGUAAUUUGUUUAACCAUGCACACAGACCUGAUUAAGAGAGAUCCUGUAUGCGAAGUCAGUCAUUUAGCUCUAUAUUACAAAUGUUCCUAAACACUGAGCAGUGGGCUAAGGUAGAUACGAUUUUGCAGAAGCAGCAGAACUUUUUUUUGCAGAGGCAGCUGACCGUGAUCACAUGUAUUACUGUGUGCAUGUGUACUUUGCAUUGGUUGCCAAAACUGUGUUCUCAGAAUUCCUGGAAAGAGCACUCAAAGAACAAAGAUCACUACAGCUUACUGUAAUAGUUUUGGUACUAUGAAACUAGAGGUGCAAAAAUUUUUUAUCUGUUUUUGGGUGUGAAGAGAACCCUUAUUCUAAGUGUCUGUUGCUUAUAUAGCUUUGGUUUAGUGACCUAUCGCUAAAUCUGCAUUUCAUUUCUGCUAGAGAACAUGCACAGCCUGCAUACUCAUGUCAUGCAGUUAGGAGCUCUGAGAACUAGGGCGUAGGAGAUUCUGACAAUCAGAAUGGCUGUAGGCACUUUUGGCUCACAAUAUCGCCGCAGGCCCUUUCAGCAGUGCAUACAUACUAAUUCAUUUGGCAGCACUGAGAUUUCUUCAUUCUGUGUUGUUGAAAGUGUGUAUGGCAAGUUAGAGCAGUUCUGUAUCCCAGUUCACUAAAUUUGUCAUUACAUUGCAUGUGACUUAAUUUAUUUAAUAUUCUGUUUGACAAAGAAACUUUUUUUUUUUAAAUAAAAAUUUGAAACAAAAUAUCAGGAGAGGCAGAUGUAAUCGUUGUUGUGGCAAUCUGAAUAAAACUCAGUCCUCGGAAGGUUACUGAGUUUUCCUUUGUGCAGGAAUCAGACAAAUGACAAUUUAAAACAAGCCUAUUUAAAAGCUUUCUGUUAUCUAUUUAUUUAUUUAUUUCCCCCACCAAAUAAUUGUGUACUGCAGGUCUGUUGCCACAUAGAGUCCAAAAUAGCAGAUUCUGAAAAGAAAAAAUGUCUGUGCCUGAAGUUUUCAUCGGUAUAUUAAAUUCUCCAGUUACUGUUUUAUUGAAUGACCAUCAUGUUGGUGAAUGUGUUGUAAUAACGUCUGAAUACUCUCUGUAUGCAGGAUUCUGUGCAUGUGGUCAGGAAAAUGGAGAUUUAUGUAAUCCCAUGGAGACUGCAAAUGUGCUGAAUAUCAAUGAGCCUCCAAGCAUUGAAGAAGGUACGCUUUGUUAAAUGUCCUGAUGCAUGUUGUGCAGACUGCCAGGUUUUUUAUUUCAAUAAGAAUAAUUUUACUUAUUAGUCUGUCCAUUUGAAUUCUAUUUAUUUUUACUUUAGAUCAGGAGAAUAUUCGUCACUAGUUUAAUCACCAUAAAUGGGGGGGAAGGGGGAAAACUGUUAAUAAAUAAAACAGUUUGCUUUAAAAUGUGCAGCCUAAUCUUUCCUUUCUUAGUGUGAUUCUCUACUUGUCUUUUGUUUGUUUGUUUUUUGUGUACACACAUACAAUUAAGCCUCCAAAAUAAUAAUAAUGCAGAGGAAUGCUAAGGAGAACUAGAAAAGUUACAUAAUACAUUUUAAAUUUCAUUGUGCUACUGGAAAGGCCUAAUUUCAUUUUCCCAUACCACUAGGUUAGAGGAAUCUGGAUUCUGUUUGCUCCAUUGACCUGUUUUGCAUCAAACUGUUGCUGGGUGUUUUUUGUUUUUUUGUUUGUUUUUUAAGCAUAUUUAAUUUAACAGAAAAUCAGGACUUGUGUACUUCAUCUAACAACUCUUAUUGAGUAUUUUUAACUUCAUAUAAUGAUGUUGGUUUCCAUCUAAAUCUGGGUGCUCUCCACCGGCAUUUGUUACAUACAUACUCUGGCACUGAUUCAAAGCUGAUUAGAUAAUAAUUUACCUAACUUUGAUGCAGAAUACUACCCAUAGAGAAGACAGAGCUUCCUGCAGGUCAGAGCUUACCAUUCACACAAGAUGCUUAUGUCCUCUUCAUAUCACAUUAUGAGAAUAUAGGGGAGCUAUUUAAUAACGGCAUGCCCAGAUCAUACCAGACACAAGCACAAAAUACCAUUACACCAAUCUCCAAAUCUUCAUUAAACCGAAAAGCGCAUACAAUCAGAAUGCAGUCAGGUCAAAUAUGUUAAUGUAAAACAUUUUGUCACAUAGGUAAUACUCUAUAUAUGUGGGAAGAGAACAGAGCAAAUAAUUCAUUUCCUUCAUUUUACGUCUGGUAUUUAUUAUCCAUUUAAAUUACUUCAGAAUCAGAAAGCAAUCAUUUGUUUUCCUUUUUAGCUCAUGAAUGUCUAAGUCGCUGCAAUUCUCAGAGAUGUAUUCUAUCCCAAGAAGAGCAGCAGUUGCACAGUGUGGAUCCACAGACGAGCAGACAUGUUUUGCUUUGCUUACUUCUUGUUGUGGGCCUUUUUGCGGUAAUUAUAUUCUGGAAAUAAUAUAUACAUUAUUUGCAUUUUGUUUUUGUCUUGUUUUUACCUGGCUAUGCCAUAUUAUAAUUUUAUAUUGUAAAUAUAAAUUACUAUAUAUAUAUAUUUCAUAAUUUCUGUUUUUAGAAUGUGUCCAGCUGCUUCUGGUGGCUUUUUAACUUGGAACCAGGAAGAUUGUAUGUUGAACUUCAGUUCUUCUGUGCGGUGUUUAACUUUGGUCAGGUGAGUAGACGUUGCAUUAAACAUUGACCUGGUGAUACAGUGUUCAUCUCCUAUACUCAUACUGAAGGAACUCUGCAGACAGCACUUAUAGAACAGCAUAAAAUAUCCAAUAUACUCACAUAGACUCCAAUCUACAGAUUUUCUAGUGGUCGGUGGCUGAUUCUGCAUGCAGUACAGUCACAAAUAGUAUUUUAUUUAUUCCUGUACCUAAAAUGCAGUUCGAGGUUGAACUAAUCCUCCGGUCAUAUUUCUAAUUUAAUUGAGUAGUAAUCCAGAAAUUGGAUGGCGAUUGUAAAACUCUUCCUGUUUCUGUCAUUGGUAAUGUUUUUUUUUUGUUUUAUUAUUAAUCUGUUUAAUUUACGGCAUUCCUUAAACUACCUGCGAUAGAGGGUUUUUCUAUUUGUUGAAUUAUUAAAUGGACACUGUAGUCACCAAAACAACUUUAGCUUCAUGAUGUUAUUUUGGUGGAUAGAAAAUGCCAAUGUAGUCUCACUGCUCAAUUUUCUGCCAUUUAGGAGUUAAAUCACAUCUUCGUGCAUUUGACUUGUACAGCCUUCCUAAAUACUUCUUGCAAAGAGAGAUCUAAUGGUUACACUUCCUAUAUUGCACAUUCUGUUUUUAAUUCAGAAUUUCUGAUCUACUCCUCUAUUACUAGUCUUGUGUAAGUCACAUGCAGGGAGGUGUGACUAGAGUACAUAAACAAAGUAAUUUAACUCCCACAUGGCAGAGAAAUGAGCAGUGACACUGCAGGGGCAUGAAAAAUACACUAAAACUGCAUCAUUAAGCUAAAGUUGUUUUGAUGAAUAUAGUGUCCCUUUAAUAGUAUUGAAAGGUAAUAAAAUAAUGUGAUCUAGAAUUCACUAGCUCCACAACCAAAUGCCAAGAAAAACACAACCUUAAUUAUGAAACGGAAAGGGUAGAUUUGUCAUGUCAACAAUAUUUGCAGUAUAUAUGUAGAACAUAGAAAACCAUAUACAUAUUGUUCUACAAUAAAAUGUUUACUUUAAGAAAACAAAAGUGCUUAAAGGAACUGUAUAGGUAAACAAAUGCAAAUCCUCAGCAUUCAGACACUAGAACUAACAAAUAUCUUUCUAUCAUGUAUAAUCUUUAGAAUAAUCUCUUCCCAUUGUGUGCAUUUUCUUUACAGGGUUUCCUUUCUUUUGCCAUUUUUGGAUUGGACAAACAUUUGAUUAUUCUCCCAUGCAAGAAGAGGUAUUUGCAUUGUUUUUAUUUUAUUGGUUUCAGUGGGUUGGCAUGACAUGGUCUGUAGAAUUAUUUAACAUAUAGCAUCAUGACCCACCAACAUAGAAACAUAGUGUGACGGCGGAUAAGAACCAUUCAGCCCAUCUAGUCUGCCCAAUUUUCUAAAUACUUUUAAUUAGUCCCUGUCCUUAUCUUAAGUCUAGGAUAGCCUUAUGCCUAUCCCACGCAUGCUUAAACUCCCUCACUGUGUUAACCAAGUGUUAACCGCGUGGAACAGGAGUUUCUGUUUCAGGAGGGGAGGGGGUAAAAAGAGAGUGGGGGAAAAGAGAGUGGGGGGGUAAAAGAGGGGAGAGGGGUAAGAAGGGGGUAAAUAGAGGGGGAGGGGGGUAAGAAGAGGGAGGGGAGUAAGAAGGGGAGGGGGAGGAAGGGGUAAGAAGAUGGGGAGGUGGGUAAGAAGAUGGGGGAGGGGGAAGUAAGAAAGGGGGGUAAGAAGAGGGGGAGGGGGGAGUAAGAGGGGUGCCAUAUGCGAUACGCAGGGGAUGUCAAUUAUAAUAAUAUUAACAGAAAAAAGUUCUGAGCUACCCUUAUUUUGCUUCAAAGUUCUUUAUUUGAAAUUUAAGUUGUUUUUUUUCCCUGAAAUUUCCUUCUUAAAAUGAGGUGCGUGUUAUACGCCGAUAAAUACGGUAUUUUACAAAGGUCAAAAGGUAGCCAGACCAACAUCUGGCUACCUUUUCCUCAAAAAUCAUUAAACUAAACUAAGAAUGCCAAGUUCAGACAGCCCUGCUAUAGAUUAUUUUGCCCAAAGGGCAAUGUACUUUAUAACUUCUAGGUCCCAGUUUCUCAACUCAUAGUAAGCGUACCCAAUGGGUUAUGCGCACCAAAAGCUGGAUAUGCCAGCUCUACGUGUAAUUGUGUGAACCAGUUUCCUCUGUUUAAGUGUGUGUCUGUUUUAAUGUCCUCUUAUUUUGUGACUUUUAUACUUUAGAUUAAUAGUUCUUGUACUCCUCCUUACAUACACUAUAUUCACACAUGUCAUAUUUAUUUGAAACCUAUUCUUAACUACUUUUCAGCAGGUUUGUUCACCAGUAUGGGAUUAACUUUAAGAGACACUAGUCACCAAAGAGGCAUGCUCUGUACACAAAAACUGCUUCAUGAAGGUAAAGUUGUUUUGGUGACUGCAGUGUUCCUUUAACUCCUUAAGGACCGAGGACAGUUCAGGACCGUCAUCUGCAUUUUUGCAUUGCCGACCGGUGACGGUCCAGCAUUUUUGCGUUGCUCCGGUUGAGUGGAGACUGCCUGCAGUUAUUUAUGUGUAUAUAAAUAUGAUAUAUAGACAUUAUAUAUAUAUAUAUAUAUAUAAAAAUACACUUAUAAUUAAAUUACACGUGUGUGUGUAUAUAUAUAUAUAGAUAUAUAUAUAUAUAUAUAUAUAUAUAUAUAUAGAUAGAUAGAUAGAUAGAUAGAUAUAGAUAUAUAGAUAUAUAUAUAUAUAUAUAUAUAUAUAUAUAUAUAUAUAUAUAUAUAUACUUAUAAUUAAAUUACACCGUGUGUGUGUAUAUAUAUAUAUAUAUAUAUAUUAUAUGGUAGGUACUGAAACUUAGCUUUAUUCAGCAGCUGCAAUAGCUAGGAGUUUUUUCACCUUAUACUUUCUGAAGUCAGUAUAUACUACUAAUAUAUAUAUAUAUAUAUAUAUAUAUAUAUAUAUAUAUAUAUAUAUUUUUUUUUUUUUCACCUUAUACUUUCUGAAGUCCUUGGAGUGCUAUUACCUACUACUAUAUAUAUAGUAGUAGGUAAUAGCACUCCAAGGACUUCAGAAAGUAUAAGGUGAAAAAAACUUAGCUUUUAUUCAGCAGCUGCUGAAUAAAAGCUAAGUUUUUUUCACCUUAUACUUUCUGAAGUCCUUGGAGUGCUAUUACCUACUACUUUAUUUUUUAUGUUAUUCGCCUUAUCAGCACCGGGCAUUAACCUACUAUCACAGGAGUGCAAGUAUUUGGACAUUUUAUAUAUAUAUAUAUAUUAUAUAUUAUAAAAUACAAAUAGUAAGUAAAUUAAAUUAAAAAAAAAAAGUAAAAAUAAUAAUACAUUUUUUUUUGUAAUUCUUUAUUUUUGUUGUGCACAAAUAAACAAACAGCCUCAAUAUGCCACAACAGCGGGAUCGAGGUAUAUAACAAUUCAAUAUGCAAUACAAGAUGUGACACUUGAUAUUUAGGCACAAAAUUUUUUGUUUUUAAAUAAAAUAUGUAUAAUAUUGCCUAAUCAAAGAGUGUUAUCUAAGAUUAUUGAUCAUGCUUAAACAGUAGACGGACAGGAUUAAAUUCCCUCUGGAGCUGCGAUUAUAGUCUUUGAAGCCUGUAGGGCUUGUGACAUGGGGUGCAAUAAAAGGAAAUUAAGUGGAAAUUUAGUAAGGCAAGACUAGUAAGCAUCCGGUUAGCGUACUCAACAUAAGGAAUUGCACUGGGUGCCUGCUCAGCCAGGUGUUGUGACUAUCACAUUGGGCAUUAGUCAUGUGGCAUUACAGCACUGAUUUUCUGUGUAGUGUGUUCAGGCUAGGUGCAUAUGUCUGAAUGGAGUUCGGCUGAGUACUUGUUAGUAAGAGUAUGUAGACAUUGCUAGCAUUGGACUUGCUAUAUGAGUACAGGCUUGACUGCGUGGAGUGGCUGCUUUAGGGGAGAGUUAUAGCAAGUUAAUAUAGUAGGAGUAUGGUAUAGAUCAAAAUCGCUGGGUAUGCAUUCAACAACUUAAGGGUUCAACAGCUUAACAACACCUGGUCUGGGUAUGCAUUCAACAACUUAACAACACCCAUGUCCCUCAGCCAUCAAGCCUUAAUAGUGCUACCUCAGCCCACACCAACACGACAGGGGAGAGGUGAGAGUCCCAAAGUCCCCUGCAAGGAUCCCCUCAUGCCCCACACCUUGUGACAUGCCCUGUAGGCUAUCAGAGUCUCGCUAAGUGUCUCAUUCUUCCGGGGCUGCUCGCCCCGCCGGUCCCGAGCCAGUUCAGAGGCCCACGUGCAGGUCCUCCUGCUCCGGCAUGAUCUGCCGCUGCGUGUUUGGUCUCUGGGGAGUUUGGUCGCCGCUUGGGAUUGGAGUUUUGCCUUUCUCAUGUGUGAGCUGCGCACCAGGGCCUUCCUUUUCUGGACCCUCCGCCCAUGAGGACUGUGGCGAGCCCCGGACUUCGUGGGAUCUGGGUAGGUACCUGCUGGGUGGGUUCGUCUUGUCGGCUGCUCCGAGAUGGGGGCAGUGGAUGUUUUCCGCCUCUUGCUUGCCUGGAGGGAGGGAGUGUCCGGAGUACUGGUCUCGGCCUGCUUGCCUCUGUCUUGAAGUUUCUGCCAGAACACACAGAAUAAAGCGUCCAACCGCUCCUCGAGUGUCCCCUGUGAGCCUUGUGUUGAGCAGUCCAGCAUGUCAGCCGCCAUUUUGCCCUCAGAGUCAGAGCUGCGCACCGGCCUCAGAUGCAGGUGAGUUGGUUGGCACUUCUCAUAGCUCGGGGGUAUAGUCUGUCCGCUUGUGCCGGGAUAACCCCCACCGGCUGGGGGGAGGAUACGGGGUUCCCAGCCACCGCCGUUUUUCGGGUAGCUGGCAGUGAGCUCGGCCUCUGCUCUCAUGCCCGCCACCUUUGCUAGGCCGCAGGUCGUCAUAACGUUCUCGUUGCUUUUCUUCGUGUGGGAGCUCCGCCGGGUGUAACUCCGGUAUUCACCGACUUCUUCUAGCAAUCAAAUUCUCUGUGGUGUUUUCUUUAAAUGUCGAUUUGUGAGAAUUUUAACAGAUUCUCAUACGGAGCUCUCUCUUGGUGCGACCUGUUAGCUCGGCAGCCGGGCUCCGCCCCCCCCCUAAUAAUACAUUUUAAAAACAUUAUAUAUCUAUAUGAAAUUUUAUUCUAACUGUAUUUUGAUAUUAAUAUAUAUAUAUUUUUAUAUAUAUAUAUAUAUAUAUAUAUAUAUAUAUAUAUAUAUCAAAAUACACUUAGAAUGAAAUUGUAUAUAUAAAUAAAAAUAAUACGAAAUAUACAUAUGUCCAUAUAUGUCCAUAUAAAAAAAUACAUAAAUAAUUAUAUAAAUAUACACGUAGACUUCAAAUAUAUAAAUAUGCUUAUAUAUUUAAAUUCUGCGUGCGUAUUUAUGUAAUAUUUUUACAUAAUUAAGUAAUUUUAUUGAUUGCAAUUUGAGGGACCUGCCUGCCAACCCAGGCCGAAAGUCCAGAGAAUUUAAUUUGCUAGCGCUGUAUUUUACCCUGUAACGUUCUAUGACACCCUAAAACCUGUACAUGGGGGGUACUGUUUUACUCGGGAGACUUCGCUGAACACAAAUAUUAGUGAUUCAAAACAGUAAAGCAUAUCACAGCGAUGAUAUUGUCAGUGAAAGUGAUUUUUGUUGCAUUUUUCACACACAAACAGCACUUUUACUGAUGAUAUAAUUGUUGUGAUACGUUUUCCAAACACUAAUAUUUUAUGUACUGCAAAGUCUCCUGAGUAUAACAGUACCCCCCAUGUACAGGUUUUAUAGCGUUUUUGAAAGUUACAGGGUCAAAUAUAUGGCUCAAAUAUUUUUACAUUGAAAAUGGCCAGGUUGGUUACGUUGCCUUUGAGAGCGUAUGGUAGCCCGGGAAUGAGAAUUCCUCCCAUGAUGGCAUACCAUUUGCAAAAGAAGACAACCCAAGGUAUUGCAAAUGGGGUAUGUCCAGUCUUUUUUAGUAACCACUUAGUCACAAACACUGGCCAAAAUUAGCGUUCAAUUUAGUUUUUUACUUUUUUCACUGACAAACAAAUAUGAAAGCUAACUUUGGCCAGUGUUUGCGACUAAGUGGCUACUAAAAAAGUCUGGACAUACCCCAUAUUGAAUACACUGGGUUGUCUACUUUAAAAAAAAAAUGUACAUGUGGGGUGUUAUUCAGAGAUUUAUGACAGAUAAUAGUGUUACAAUAUCACUAUUGAUAAAUUUUAAAAAUGUAUGUUUUGAAACCGCAACAACCUACUUGUACUUAUAGCCCUAUAACAUGCAAAAAAGCAUGUAAACAGUGGGUAUUUUUAAACUUUUAAAUUUUGAAUCUAUUUAGCAUUUUUUUUCAUUCGCUUUUGUAGAUGAGUAAAAGAUUUUUCAAGUAAAAGUAAAAAUUUUUAUUUUUUUCAAUUUUUCAUCAUAUUUUUUUCAUUUUUUUUUUAAAUUAAAUUACAUGAGAUUAUAUAAAUAAUUGUAUGUAAAGAAAGCCCCUUUUGUCCUGAAAAAAACAAUAUAUCAUUUGUAUAGGAACAGUAAACACCACAACAGUGUAAAAAGAUGCCUGGUCGCAAAAACAGUCUGGUUCUUAAGGGGUUAAAUAUCAUCAGUGUCAAUACUUUUAAUUUGGAAUUAAAAUCAAUAAAAAAUACUUUCUUGAAGCAGGGGUACUUUACCAUAAAAGGUUGAGAAACCCUGUUCUAAGUAAUUCUGGUUAAAAAUGUUUCUUGGGUUUUACAUAUUCCUUUUCUUUGUUCUCUCUCUUUUUUUUUUUUUGUAGAUUAGAGUUCCUGUGGAGUAGUCGGGAAUCGAACGUGAAUACUGUAGAAACCACUUUACCUGAAGAAAUCCGUAUGACGUGCCAUCAGUUUGUACAUUAUCACAAAGAUUUGUGUGUCAGGAACAUUGUGAAAGAGAGAAGGUAAUGUAUACUGAAAGAAGCUAAGCUCCUAUCCGUCUAUUCUGUUCCUAUGUGACUUUUCAUUUUCCAAUAAAGAACCUGCAGUACCUGCACACAUUGAUACAAGUAGCUUCAGUUACAGAAAAAAAAAAAUGAAGAUAAAAAAUAAACAAAAACAUAAAGGAAUUCAGUAAGUUAAAAAAUAGACAUAGGAAUUGAUUUAAUUCUACUAAAAUAUGGUCUACUUCAAACCACCUUUAAGCAGAAACUGUGGGAUAAAAUGUGUUCCCUAUUGUUUUCAAUGCAUUAUAUAGAUAGUGCAUUAAAAUAAAGUAAUAAAUAUACUUUUUAAAGUUUUCUAUGAUGCACUAUCAUUGCUUUUACUGUAAAACUCUGCCUAGUUGGCGUUUAAGAAAUAAGUAGUUUGUCUCCAAGACCAGUUCUACGUAUCACAUAGACUGCUCGGUAUAUUGAUAGCAGUCGUACGUACCCUGGCUUCUAUCUGAUUGCACAAAGCACAGUCCACUCUUUACCAAACUGACUACUGCACCAAUCAGCAAAGCCAUGGACUGCAACUAUUUUCCCUCAGUUGUAGUUGAUUUUCUCAUUUUCUGCCCCUCUCAGAGAUGAAAGUGCAUCACCUUUGCAAUUAUGCAGAGUUGUGAUGGUGACUAGAGUGUUUUUAAAACCAGGAUAAUUAGGAAUAAUUCCUACUUUAUGUUAAAAGAACACUCCUUUGGAGAAAAGGGUAACACUUUAGCAAGUGAUAGUGCUUUUGUGUGUUUGGAGUGUACCUUUAAUGAUUGUAUUCAUAUCACUGCUUACCAAUAAUUUUAAUGAAGAAAUUUAUUUAUUUAUUGAAAUACUCUUCCCAUUUUUCAGUUUUACCCCAACAACUCAAAGACACCUGAUGGACAGUCUUGAUUCUGCCAUGGAUUACAGUGUGUCUAAUUCCAGAAUACUGUCCAUUUCAUUAAAUUUUCAGAUGCGAUAGGUUAAAUAGUGUUAAUGGAGAUUUAAAUUUUUUUUAAAUUUUUCCCAUUUUUUUUUCUCAUUCCUCCUAGUCUAUAAAACGUAUUCUGCUUUAGCUUUCUGAUCUCCAACUGUCUUUCCUGUUUAUCUUUCUAUUCUUCUUUUACCUGCUGACCAAUACGCAGCGCUGGUGCAAGAGAUACACAACAUGUGGGUGAAUCAUUCCUUUGAUAUGCAGGUGUGGCGCACAAAUGUCCCCAGGAGUCUUCUGGGGCUCUGAUCUGGUGACCUGGCUUGUGCAGGUGGGACUUGCUCCUGAUCGAGGAGAGGCUGUGAAGUAUGGAGAGAGACUACUAAAAGGAGGGGUCAUCCAGCACAUCACAGAUGAAUAUGAAUUUAGGGAUGAAAACCUUUACUAUCGCAUGGUGAAGAAGAGACGGGUUCCAGCACGGUCUAACUGAUAGAGACCAGGAUUUGUCUAUGACUGCUUUAGUACUUAAGCUAUGGAUUUACUUGAGCGCAUGUUGAACAAAUCUAGGUGUACAUUGCAGCUCAUAAAUAUUUUGGUAUCUGUCUAUGCAAAAUCAUACAUGUUGUGUUCUAAAAUAAGCUUAAUUGCAACAGAGAGAGUUUACAUUGACAUUUUUUUUUUCUUCUAAACCUACAUGGGACAAAUGUCAAAAUUUCAUUUGAUUUUACUUAGUUCUCUAAAGUGUUAAUGACUUGGAAAACCUCUCGACAUAAGCCAUAUAAGCAUGUCCUGAAUUUAAAAGGAUACGAAUUGCCUGUGUUGAUACAUUUGUGUGAAAUGGUGGUCAUUGUAGUUGUGUACUUCAAACUGCACCCAACAUCUUUGGUUCUUCAUUUGAAAGGAUUAUAUUGGGCUGCUUGGCCUUGUUACUGGUUGGGUGACGGUUUCAUUUCAAAGAUCAGUACAUGGACUUUUGCUUUACAAUGAGGGGUUUUAAAGAAGAGUUUUGGAGAGAGGUGAUAUGUGCUACUUCAUACUGACUGCCAAUGUGAUUUUUUUUAUUUAUUUUUUUAUUACCUGUUUUAGUUGUUUUGUAAUGUACUACUGGCACUUUAACAUUGUCUUUUACUAAUGAUAAUUUACAGUUUGUGGUACCUCUGCACUGGGGAAUGAGUAAGGUUCACAGAAACGCCAAAACAGAAAAACGCCUUGUUUUAACAAUAUAUUUAAUAGCAUAUUGAUAAAUGUUCCCCCUUAAUACAUUACAGGCAUACAAGACUGUUCAUUAAAAUCUCUUCUUCCUAACUGCAUUUUGUAAUUAUAUUUGUUCUGUAUUCCCCAAGUUUGUGAGGCAGUAUUAAUACAUUUUAAUAAUUAUGCUAUCUUAAACAGGCCUUUCAGGCUUUAAUUGUAGCAGAAUUUAAUGUAUUUUAUAGAUAAUGCAUAAAAAAUACUCCCAAUCACUGUCAGGGGGCAGGAAUUCCUAAUGCAGAGUUUUGGUAUGUCGUGUGCUUCCAUAAAAAAAAAAAAAAAAAACUCACUAAACAAUGUCUCCAAUUAAUUUAUUAGUAAUGAGCAUAUGACUGUGUUCCCUGUAACAAAUCAAAACUAAUGGAGGCGUAUACUUUUAUAUUUUUACAAGCAUGGGAAACCGUAUUGGAAUAUUUAUCCAUAGACUGGUCCAAUAAUUUGAGGUUGGUUUUACAAACAAUCUGCAAAUUAUUAUCCCUAGAAAAUUAUUUAGAAACAAUUUGAUAGUGGGGGGUAACCCCUUUAUUAAUAUGGCGAUUGAGGAAAUUGGUGUAAUUGCGCAAUUAUGUCAAAUAUAAAGCUUAACUUUUAAUACUAUACUUUAAAAUGAAAUAAAAGCAUAGAUGUAUAGUCUGUAUUGGCAAUUGAAAACUAUCUACAAAGAGAUUAAAUACAUUUUGUUAUUUCAACUAGAUUAUGAGGAAACCUUUUAGUGUGCAGAUUCUAUUUGACUCACUUCUACUACAUCUAAAGGAAGAAAAAAGACAAUUUAUGUUGCAAUCUCGGGGGAAGGACGUGGGGAUGGACUCCUUUAUAGUUACUGAAUAACUAACUUGGAAAGUAUUGAGUGAGAAAUCUCUCACUUUUCCACUACAUGGCAAUGUUGUACAGUGAGCUGAAUAAACAUUUAGUCAUGCUAUUAACUCAAAAAUCAUCUUUCUGAAAGUUAUUUCCCCAUUAAAAUAAAGUAUAUUGCUUUGAAUAUUUGUUUUGUAACAAUAGUUAAUCUCUCCCUCUACACCACUCAUUAUUAUCUGAAUAUAAGCGUAUGCUUCUUAUAACCUUAACUACACUGAUCAGCCACAACAAUAAAACCACUGACCGGGGAAGCGAAUAACAUUGAUUAUAUCGUUACAAUGGCACCUGUCAAGGGUGGGAUAUAUUGGGCAGCAAGUGAACAGUCAGUUCUUGAAUUUCAUGUUUUGUAAGCAGAAAAAAAAAUGGGCAAAUGAAAAGAUCUGAGUGACUUACAAGGCCAAAGUCUAGCUAGAUGAUUGGGUCAGAGCAUCUUCAAAACUGCAAGUCUUGUGGGGUGUUCACGGUAUGUAGUGGUUAGUACCUACCAAAAGUGGUGCAAGGUUGGACAACCGGUGAACCGGCAUCAGGGUCACAGGUGCCCAAAGCUCAUUGAUGCACUUUAAGAUCGAUGGCUAGCCUAUCUAGUCCAAUAACACAGAAGAGCCACUGUAGCUCAAAGUGCUGGAAAGCUUAAUGCUGGACAUGAUAGAAGGGUGUCAGAACACACAGUGUAUCACAGUUUUCUGUGUAUGGGGGCUGCGUAGCCGCAGACCAGUCAGAAUGUCUUUGACCUGUUAACCGCCGAAAGCUCAUUCAUUAUGGACGUGAAUGUCAGAACUGGACGAUGGAACAACGGAAGAAGGUUGUCUUGUCUGAUUAAUCAUACUUUAGAUUAUGUGGAUAGCCAGGUGUGUAUUGGGAAGAGAUGGCAGCAGCAUGCACUAUGGGAAGAAGCCAGGCUAGCGGAGGCAAUGUUCUACUGUGAAACAUAUGGAUGUUACUUUGACACAUACCACCCACCUAGAUUGUUGCAGACCACAUAGACCCUUUUCAUGGUAAUGGUGUCCAUUGAUGGCAGUUGCCUCUUUUAACAGGAUAAUGCCCAAUGCCACACUGCAAAAAUUGUUCAGGAAUGGUUUGAGGAACAUGACAAAGGGUUCGAGGUGUUGCCUUGGCCUCCAUAAUCCCCAUAUUUUAAUCUGAUUGAGCAUCUGUGGGAUAUGCUGAAACAACAAAUCCGAUCAAUGGAGGCCCCACUUCGCAACUUGCAAGACUUAAAUGAUUUGCUGUAAAUGUCUUUGUGCCAUUACAUGUUCAGUGAUUUUGUGGUGUCCAUGCCUUGACGCAUCAGAGUUGUUUUGGCAGCACGAGGGGUGCCUGCACGAUAUUAGGCAGGUGGUUUUCAAGUUGUGGCUGAUCAGUAUAUAAAUGGCUUCCCUGGUCUGACCUGAAUAAGUUUCUAAAGUAGUCCUAUUUAAUUUUACACUGCUGAGUAACACUGAUAAAGACUUAUUAAUACAGUGUGUUGAAAUGUCCCUGAAUAGCGCCAUUUUUAUACAGACAAGUCACUGGCCCCAUCAUAGUUGUAUACGUGUGUCCUGAUAUAAUUAAAUUCUUCUCACCAAUUGUUCUUGAGUUUAGCUUGUACCAAUCUGUAUUUCAUACACAGCAAUGACAACAAAUGGGUCAUGAGCCCAUACACCAAUAAUGCUGUUUGCAGUACAUUUUGGGAUGGUGCAGAAUACAUUAUUCUCAUACAUGGCAGCUGACAAAACCGCAGAUAGCGUUGAUUAAAACAGAAUUCAGCCUAUGCAUUUUAUUAGAAUAAUUAUUUUUCACACCUUAAUUGAAGAGGUUAUCUGGGUGUGGAUGUGUUGCGCUGUAAUAAUUAGUUGUUUUUGACUUGCAUAUUCAGUGAUACUAGUAUCAGAACUCCUGCUUAUUUAGACAUUAUGCAGGGUACAGCACUUUAGCCACUCUUUUAUACACCGUAAAAUUGCAACUAUAGGUAAUUUUUAGCUUUGGUUUCUCAAACACACAAGUUUUGGUGGCCAAUUUAUGCAUUGUCUAAAGCUGCUGCAUCAUAAGUGUUUUACGUGCAUAAAUAUGUGGUUUGAAUGGAGCAUGCACAUAUGAUCUGCUUGCCUGAAUUUAAAAAGUAUACUUUCUAUAGUUCCGUAUUUGUUCUUUGGUCAGUGUUUUACUUGUUAAUUAUUGUCAAGCUAAGGUAAAUGAUACCAAUAGAGUGUUUCUUAGCGUUUUCUAUGGAUGCAAUUCUUUUUAAUGAGAAGCACAACACUUUUAGCUGGGCCUCUCUUUUGCUUGUCAGAGUUGAAUGAUUUUGAUGUACUACCUAUUCACUCGGAUUUAAAGCAGAUUUUUACAUACAUAACUUUUACAUACACAAGCACUCCGAAGAACUUCUAUAAUUGUAUGCAUAUAAUGAUGAAUAUGGGACAUAUAUAUCUGUUUCAGUUGCUGUAGAUCAAUAAUUUGUUUCCUUUUUGGAAAGCCUUAUGAGAUUUAAAGUGAAUGGGACAAACUGCAUGCAGCAUAUGAGACAGGAAAUCGUCUGUUUGGAUUUUGUUGGCUGCACUGUUAUUUAUGACAGUGCUGUGUAGGUGCCCUCACUGUUUGUGUCUGGUGUAUGUUUUGUGUUUUAUUUUUGUUCUGUAUAUAUCUGAUCCUCAAAGCCUGUAUACAGUGCAUCUUCUUACUUGACCAUCAGGAGAUCUCCGGUUUUCCGGAAGAUCCACCUCCGCUGGUGAAAGGGAUGACUAAAAUCAUGGUAGAAGUUUGUAAAACCUGCACUCUUGUAGGGCUAUUUACUAAACACUGAAUCUUAACAGAUUAAAAUGUCUAAUUUAGACUACACAUAUGCCACUCUUUCGCUGGGUUAUUGCCAACAUAAAUUUUAAUAGACAAAGUGCUUGGCAAAAAAAUCACCUUUUGCCGCUCAUGAGUGAUUAGGUUUUGUGAUAAACGUGUCAAAGUUUUCCUUCUUUUGAAAUGUGUAAUGUCAAAAUUGUAAAAGGAAAUUAGAUGUAUAUGGUGUUAUCUGGAUAUUCUGAUCAGUCUGUAUAUUGCUCAGCUUAAUACUGGACAAAACAGCCAGUCACUUGUUUGCUGGCAGGAAUAUCUAAUAACCACAAACUGACAGUACACACUCAUCCCCUUAUAAUAAAAUGACUGCUAAUCUUGUUACAGAAACUGACUUUAAAGGGAAACUCCAGUGCCAGGAAAACAAUCUGUUUUCCUGGCACUGCAGGUCCCCUCUCCCUCCCACCCCCCAAUCCCUGGUUGCUGAAGGGGUGAAAACCCCUUCAGUAACUUACCAGCGGCAGCGACGAUGUCCCACGUCGCUGCUUCUUCCGCUACCGCUCCUCACAGUGAUUGCGUUGGCCGGUGGGCGAGACUGAUCCCGUCCACUGGCCGGGGAGACCUAAUGCGCAUGUGUGGCAAUGCCGCGCAUGUGCAUUAGAGCUCCCCAUAGGAAAGCAUUGAAAAUGCUUUUCAAUGCUUUCCUAUGGGGAAAUGAGUGACGCUGGAGGUCCUCACACAGCGUGAGGACGUCCAGCGACGCUCUAGCACAGGUUUCCUGUGCUAGGGACACGGAAGUGCCCUCUAGUGGCUGUCUAGUAGACAGCCACUAGAGGUGGAGUUAUAAAAAACUGCAAUAAUUACACUUGCAGGGUUAAGAGUAGUGGGAGUUGGCACCCAGACCAUUCCAAUGGGCAGAAGUGGUCUGGGUGCCUGGAGUGUCCCUUUAAAUUGUUUGAAAUGAAGCAAUUUGCUUAUUUUAAUUAUACAAUUCUUAAGCUCUUCUGUGAAUCUUUAAAAUGAAUACAAAUAAAUAAUAGGCCAAACAUAAUAUAGCCAGGUGGGUGUUGGGGUAACAAAAUGAUACCUGACCAGAAGGAAGGUCAGCUUCCCCCUAGAAAGUAACUGGCUGGCUGCAGUGAGUAAACUCAAGCAUGGAUAUUCAGUGAGGCCUUCUAUUGAUUUUUAGAUGCAUUUGUCUUUCAACCAAUCAUACUUCUGGAUGGUCUAACUAAUUUUUGAUUUAAGACUUAUUGUCCUUAGAUAGGGCAACCUUAUAUAUUAUAAUAAUUAAAAAAAAUAUAUAUAUAUAUUUAUUUAUUAGGAGCUAACAUCUGUGGCCUCACCACUUAAGAUUCCUGUGGUCUGUUACAUGCAAAUGGGAUAGUAAUUGAGACAGAGCGCCUGAAAACACCCUUGUAUAAUAUUACCCUCUCAAGCUACAGGCAACACAGAGUUGCAUAGCAGCAUGUUCACCCCCACUUUGCCAUCUGCUCACUUUUAGGAGGAUAGAUACUUGUGCCCUUCAUGCGAUACUAGGAGACUGACGUGAUUUUACAUAUUGAAUGGGGGAAAAGAGAACCUCUUAGUUCUCUCAUCGGUAAUAGGGAGGUCCAGGAUCCCCUAGUAAACCUUUCAUGUCUUUUAAUUCCCUGUUAGGACCAGAGAGGUAAGAGUGAUGUGCUGUGACACUGAAAGGCGGAGUCAUGCGAUGCUAUGCUUUGCUAUGCUAGAGUGGUCGAGUGUGUUUUAGUGGCAUUUACUAUGAAAAGGCAGCCAGCAUUGAGUUUUAGAGACAUCACUGCUAAUGUUUUCAGUGAAGCCAAAUACUAGACUUGUGCAAAUAAUUAGUUUAAGCUGGUUUAUUCAAAUCAAAUUCGUUUUAAUCCACACUUGAAUGAAUGGAUCUAUCCGAGAUAUUAUUGUGGAGUCUUAUUCAACAAAUAAAUCCCAAGCAAAUCUAUAUGUUUUAGCUUUAGUGAAAAUAAAUUGGAUUUGGGCGAACUGGCUGAAACCAAUUAUUGCACAAGUCUACUAAAUUCCACUACACUGUGCCAACUGUAAAAUGGUGUUUGUGCCUCAAAAUACAGCCCUGCUCCCUAUAGCGAACCAAUUGUUGAAAGUUUUCACAUUUGCAACAAGUGGCCAUAAUUGAUUAAAUGUGAUGUAUGGUAUCUCUUGAUGUUAUGUUUGCACAAUAAAGGUAUACAUUUUAAUAUUUAACCUUGCAUUUUAUUUUGAAAUAUAGAACUUUCUUAUAGGAAUCAAUGGCAAAUGACAAGCACAUGGUUCUUAUUAAACAGAUUACAAACUAAUUUAAUAAAGACUCCAAGAUUGUUACAAAAUAAAAUGUACUCUCUGCUUUAUUUUAACAUGAUCAUGC